AUGGCGUAUAUCCUUCAUACCCAUCACUUUGGCAAGGCCCUGCACUACGCUGAUGCUUGGUAGGUGUGGGUAUGUGUUCCUAGUGAUAUGGUCUGUGUUUUGAGUUGACUUCUCGCUGGGUGCAUUGCCCAGUAGGAGGAAGGAGUUGUGAUAAAAGUACGGUGUUUACUCAUUGGUUUGGACUUAGUUUUUUCAAGAACUCAUUAGUCUGAUAGCGAUUUAUUGCAGUAAAUAUUAUUGUAUUGUUUUCUCAUCCAACCUUAUUGCUAGAAGAACGAGGGCAAGUACAAUAUUAUUGGAAAGUGAUGAUUCAUUUAAAGUAAUCAUCCAUCUUCACUGGCACCAUUAUUAGAAACAAAUCUAUUUAUUUCUAAGCUUUGAGUUUUAUGACUGCAGUAAAUAAUGUUAUAUGCAUGAUGACUAUAUACUUGGUGUUGGCUUCAAACACAUCCUACCGAAUGAGGAAAGUGAAGUAACAUCAUAAUUCUGAAGAAUUUGUGACAUAAAUAUAAUUUAGUCUAAGAUAAAUAAACAAUUCCCUAGAGGGCCGUUGCUGAUACUUAUACUAAUUUCCUUGUUAAAGGGUGAGUCCCCCCUCAUAUCUCAGCUUGAUGCUGGUAGGGAUACUAAUGGAAUACUAAUCACAUUAUUAGAGGGUGCUGCCCUCUCGUAAACUCUGCCCGCUACUGAUAUCGAUACUAAUUUCUCUAUUAGAGGACAAGCCUAACUCAGCCCAGCACUGGUAUUGAUACUAACUACAUUGCUAGAGGGGGAGCCCUCUCUUAAUAUCAGCCGGACGCUGAUAUGGCUACUAAUUACAUUAUUAAAGGAUGAGGCCCUCUCAUAACAGUCUUCUGCAGAUAUAAGGACUAAUUAGAUUGUUAGAGGUUGCGGCCCUCUCACUAACGCAGCCCGUUGCUGCUAUCGAUGCUAAUUUCUCUAUUAGAGAAUAAACCCCUCUCAUAAUGCUGAUUUGAUACAAAUUACAUUAUAAGAGGGUGAGCCCUGCUCAUAUGCUCAGCCCAGUACAAAUAUUUAUACCGUUUCUCGUCAGUUUACUGUUUACAUUACAGUUUAUUGCAGUACAGAAUACUGAUUUCCUUAAUGAAGGGUGAGCCCAUCCCCUACUUAUUUCCUACGUGGAUAUUUAUCCUGGUUAUAUCCACCAGCCUUUGUUACCUUGCAGGUUCUUACCAGAACAGGAUCCGAUUGCUGAUUAGAGAGUGCACUCCCACAUGUACUCAGCACAAUAGGGAUAUAUAUAUACUACAUACUGUAGUUUUACUGCUGAUGUUACAGCUCUUACAGUACAUUUCAAUACUUUCCUCACCGUGUGACUCGCGUGGCCCGGGCCACUGGACCUCUUUGCGAAAUAUACCCCCUGAGGUAUUACGGGGGACAACCUCCCAGCGAAUUCUCACUUUCCCUGCUACCUUAUCAGGCAGAUUUGGGGCUGUUUGAUUUGGCUGUCACUGUUACAGCUCCUAUGAUUGGCUCGCUUUGUCGGUGCCGCUGUACCUCCCUACUGGAUAUACUCCUAGAGGUUUUUACUCUUACUGGGGAGCCCCAGAUAUUACAGAUAUAUAUACCAUUUUAUAAUCUGCAUUGUAUUGAGCAGGCAAUCUCACAAUGCUAUUACUAUUUGUGCCAUUAUGGGUAACCUCCUCAGACAGUUUCUCACUACGAUGAAAGUGGGAGAUUCUGAUGCCUUCAAGAGCAGACAUGCACUAUCCCGCAAGCACUACUGGAACGGGGUGGACUCACAACCCCAGGUCGGGGAGUACAUGGUACAUGCUAGGUGCAAGAAAAGACCAGAGCCUCGGGGCAGUACUGUGUUCCCUAGCCAUAGAAAAAUAGAGGAACAAUAUCCCAGACAUCCACUCCGAUGGAGGUGGGCGUAUGGGAAUUAGUACAACCUAAAAUAGAUUAGUAGCAAAACCAAAAUAAAAAACCUUUAUUGAGCACUACUAUAUCUAAUAGAGGGUCCUAAAGAGGAAAAAAGUGUCUACAUGCCGGGUAACGGGGUAUUGGCCCUAUAAGACAGAGCGUUCCACUUAAGAGGGAUACAAAAUACAAGGCCAUAACUAAAACUUAAGGGUGCACACGUCGUGGGAAAUUCCCUGACUUAGGUCAAGAUGGCAUCUUAAAGUCUGAACAUCUUAUCUAUUUAGGGUUACCGCAGUAUAUUAUGUACUGAAAGAGUCGUAGCAUUGCCUUGAAGCUUGUUUAUGCAUUAUUGUUAUUGUAUUUCAUCUUGGACAAAAUGGUGUAAACAUAUUAUGCACUGAAAGUAAGUAAAAGGGUUUUGCGUAAAGAAACUUGUAUGAAAAACAAUAUGUUCCAUUGCUAACACCUCGUCAGUUUGCAAUAUAUCUUAAAGACAAAGUACACAGUUUGAGAAAUACAAUAUUUGCAUUUACCCAUAACAGCGUCCAUUAAUGCUUGGCUGAUGUGCCCCUUCUGUUGGCACAAGCCCAAACAAUUUUGGCAUCACUGGAGACACAAUCUGCCCUGAUCGCAAAACUCUCGGACUUGGAAAGUAUGCUUUAAGAGAUCUUCAGAAUAAAUGAAUGAUUCAAAUAAAACAAAACAUAAGGAAUAAAAAGAAUGUAUCUUAAAUAAUCUCAUAACUGAUAAACCUUGAAAAAUACCAUGCUGAGGAGGGUAACAUGGUGAGGACUGUUUAGUCUGGAGGAAUAGUUUGGUUCUUUCUUGCAAGCUAUAAAACACGUUAUCAUAAAGUGUGGAAUGAAUAUAUAUCUGUGUGCCUGUCUUUAAUAAAAAUGGAUUUGUCACACUCUCGCCUCGUACUCAGGAAACAAAGGUCAGACAUAAAUUUAUUUAAUGUCAAUUAUUAACCAAUCUGCUACAGGAGCUCGUUACAAACAUUCCUUUCUUUUUAUCAAAAUUAGUGAAAAGCCCUGAAAUAGCAGGCAGUCUCUUCACUGGACAAUGCACCUACUGUCAGAAUCCUGCCUACCUACCUACCUCCAUAACCUCAAUCCUUAGCACCUACCACCAAAACCUGAACCCCGAGCACCUACCACCACAACCUGAAUCCAGAGCACCUACCACCACAACCUGAAUCCAGAGCACCUACCACCAUAAUCUGAAUCCCGAGCACCUACCACCACAACCUGAAUCCCGAGCACCUACCACCACAACCUGAAUCCCGAGCACCUACCACCACAACCUGAAUCCAGAGCACCUACCACCAUAAUCUGAAUCCCGAGCACCUACCACCACAACCUGAAUCCCGAGCACCUACCACCACAACCUGAAUGCUGAGCACCUACAGUCAUAACCUGAAUUCUGCCCACCUAUCAUCAUAGCCUGAAUCCUAAACACCUACUGCCAUAACGUAAAUCCUGACCAUUUACUACGAUACCAUUGAAUCCUGCCCACCAUAACCUGAAUCCCAAGCACCUACUGCCAUAACAUUGAAUCUCAACCACUUACUGCCAUAACUUGAAUCCCACCCACCUACCGCCGUAACUUGAAUCCCACCCACAAGCAAAUCCUGAAUCCUGAGCACCUACUGGUAUUAUCCUUUCUACUCCGUACACUGACCUAAAUCUCCUCAGUUCCCUAAAUUCUGUCUCACCUGAUGACUGACAGAAAGUUUUUUGCAACUAUCAUCAUCUCUCCUAUCACCCGCUCCAAGACCUCCAUUCCACCUAACCUCAACAAUUCUAUUUUCCCUUGUUCUGUCCCGAACACUUAUCUCCAGUCUCUUUCUCCUGGUGUCUUACCAUUCCCUUUCAAUAUAUAUUUCUCCUCCUACAAAGUAAUUGUGUUUCUACAUCUAAGUUCUGCCCCAUGAAUCUCUUCUUCCUUUCUCAUCCAAGCUUUUAUACACUAUCUGUCUAACCUUCCCAGCUUCAUCUUUCUUCACCCUCUUUAAUCUGAUUUUCGUAUUUUACAGACAUGGCUCAAACCAAAGUAACCAGUGAGUAUAUUGAAAGUCUUUACUCUCUAUUAAUCCUUCUCAUAUCUUCAAAGACUUAGUAUCCUCAGUAUCCUUGUCUGAUCUCUCACAAUCCUCCUUGAGCAUCUCCAUAUUGGUUCCCACCCAUUUAAGCUAGAGUCUCCUGAUUUCAGUACUACAUAUUGAACACCUACCCUUCAUAUCCGACCUCUCUCCUGGCCUCCUGGCACGUCUCACUAACUGCCGUUCUGCAAUCUCUAACUAGCUGACUUUUUACUGAAACGCGACCUUUUGACGGAAAAUAGGACCAAGAGGACCAUCAGCUCGGCCCAUAUUAAUUGUAAAGCGUCACCUGAAUUAGUUUCUUCCACGUACCACAGGCAUUUUUGAAUUCCCUCGGUCUUUAUGUUUAUCUCCACGGUUUUAUCUCCACCAACCCUUCUGUAAAUAAAUAUUUACACACAUUGCCUCUAUUAAAAAAACUGAAUUGAUUCAUCAUCUAUUGAAUUUUGUGCAAUAAAGUUCUUUGAUUAUUAUUUGACUAAGAGAUCUACAGCGGGCAUUUGGCAGCUUUGAAGAGAAUCCAACUAAUUAUUGGAGAAGAAGACAGUUUAUUGAUCUCUCCCUGUGUUACUCGUGUCUUAGACAAGUUGUGUUCUUCUUGUCAUAGAAUCUUCUACGUGAGACUGGAGAAGCCAGGAGAAUGCAUGGUUAGAUGUAUAUACGCAGGUAUCUCCUUUCACACUAUGACCCUGUAUGUUCCCUUCUCCCCACGUAUUUGUGGAUUGAGCACUCAAAAUAAGUGAAGAAGAGAACCCUCCUGGCUCUGUCAUUUACAGCUCGAAGAAAGCAAACUAUGAACGUUAUAAAAUUGCUAAAUACAACAAUAUAAACUUUAUUAUCUACAGGCAGUAUAGACUCACUGGUUGAGCCUCCUGAGAAUUGUUGUUGUAGAUUACAGACGUCUGAGGUGUUCUCGGUGGUGGGAUGGAUGGUUACCUAAGAAAAUGUUACAAGGGUUUCUGGGGGCUUUGUUCCUUAAAGGUGAGGGGGCAUGGCUAAAGAGAUCCCCUUGUGGUGCAACAUUCUUAAAAAAAAAAAAAAAAAUGUUUCUUGUGAAGAAGCUAUAAAGAUUUGAGCAUAUAAAUUAGUCUAAAAUCCAUCAAAUUAAAAUUGUAUUGAUGCCUGUAGCGUCCCUUUAUGUAUGUCCAGUCCUCAAUUAUUAUGAUUAGCAUUUAUAUAGCGCCAACAUGUUCUGCAAAACUGUACAUCCCGUAUUUGUCAGCGUAAAUAUCGACAGAUAUCAGAAGUGAAGACAGUUCGACUCACUCUCCCAUUUCCAUAAUGUUAUGUAGACCCUGAGACAGUCUCUUCUCACGCAGUGGAUGUUACACAGCUGGGUUUCUAAGGACUUCACCGGUAAAUAUAAAAAAACUCACUAAAAACAGAAUGUACUCCAGCAAACAUUACUGGCGGGCAUUGCAGGAAGCAGACAGGAGGUGAUCUUAGACAGAUCGUCUGCCAAGGAAGUCCUAUGUUAGCCAUUAACCCCGUGUUUACACCCAUUUAGGAUUCUUAGCAGUUUUCCAGGGUUAGACACAAUCUGGUAUCAUUUAACACAAUUUAUUACACAGCCAAUAUGGAUAUUUUACCAGAAACUAAAACAAAAUAACAGAAAAUAAAUCCAAGCUCUCACCCGAGCACUAUCUGUGGCUAGUGACCAUGGCUGGAUGGCUGAAUUUACUAGCCGCAACAAAAUACAAAAUACAGCAUGUAAAUACACUGUGUCCACAUAUCACUCUGUUACCUUCAAUGACGGUCUGGAUCCGUCCCGCUCUGACCUUUUAAAGAACAAUUUUACAUUAAUUAAAGUUGGCUGUGAUUCCUUCGUUAGCCCUCACCUGUAGUGCUGCUUGCUGGGAAAUGUAGAUUUUCGUUACUCUCAGGUGGAUACAGACUGUAUUCUGGGACCGAAAUAUCUUCCUUCUAUAACCACACGUCAGACACUUUCACAGCAUUCAACACACUGCGCCCACUAUACACACUGCACCCACUAUACACACUGCGCCCACUAUGCACACUGUGCCCACUAUACACACUGCACCCACUACACACACUGUGCCCACUAUACACACUGCACGCACUAUACACACUGCGCCCACUAUACACACUUCGUCCACUAUACACACUGCAACCACUGUACACACUGUGCCCACUAUACACACUGCACCCACUACACACACUGUGCCCACUAUACACACUGCACGCACUAUACACACUGCGCCCACUAUACACACUUCGUCCACUAUACACACUGCAACCACUGUACACACUGUGCCCACUAUACACACUGCACCCACUACACACACUGUGCCCACUAUACACACUGCACGCACUAUACACACUGCGCCCACUAUACACACUUCGUCCACUAUACACACUGCAACCACUGUACACACUGUGCCCAAUAUACACACUGCACCCACUAUGCACACUGUGCCCACUAUACACACUGCACCCACUUCACACACUGCACCCACUAUACACACUGUGCCCACUAUACACAUUGUGCCCACUAUAAACAUCACCCACUAUACACACUACACCCACUAUACACACUGUGCCCACUAUAUACACUGUGCUCACUAUACACACUGCACUCACUUCACACACCGCACCCACUAUACACACUGUGCACACUAUAAACAUCACCCACUACACACACUGCACCCACUAUACACACUGAGCCCACUAUACACACUGCACCCACUAUAAACAUCACCCACUACACACACUGCGCCCACUAUACACAUCGCCCACUACACACACUUCACCCACUAUACACACUGCACUCACUAUACACACUGCACCCACUAUAAACAUCACCCACUAUACACACUGCAUCCGCUACACACACUGCAUCCACUACACCCACUACACACACUGCGCCCACUAUACACACUGCACCCACUAUAAACAUCACCCACUACACACACUGCGCCCACUAUACACAUCGCCCACUACACACACUUCACCCACUAUACACACUGCACCCACUAUAAACAUCACCCACUACACACACUGCGCCCACUAUACACAUCGCCCACUACACACACUUCACCCACUAUACACACUGCACUCACUAUACACACUGCACCCACUAUAAACAUCACCCACUAUACACACUGCAUCCGCUACACACACUGCAUCCACUACACCCACUACACACACUGCGCCCACUAUACACACUGCACCCACUAUAAACAUCACCCACUACACACACUGCGCCCACUAUACACAUCGCCCACUACACACACUUCACCCACUAUACACACUGCACCCACUACACACACUGUGCCCACUAUACACACUGCACUCACUAUACACACUGCGCCCACUAUACACAUCACCCACUACACACACUGCACCCACUAUACACACUGAGCCCACUAUACACACUGCGCCCACUAUACACAUCAACCCACUACACACACUUCACCCACUAUACACACUGCACCCACUAUAAACAUCACCCACUACACACACUGCGCCCACUGUAAACAUCGCCCACUACACACACUGCACCCACUAUACACACUGUGCCCACUACACACACUGCACCCACUAUACAUACUGCAACCACUGUACACACUGUGCCCACUAUACACACUGCACCCACUAUACACACUGCACCCACUACACACACUGCACCCACUAUACACACUGUAACCACUGUACACACUGCGCCCAUUAUACACACUGUGCCCACUAUGCACACUGUGCCCACUAUACACGCUGCACCCACUAUACACAAUGCGCCCACUAUACACACUGUGCCCACUAUACACACUGCACCCACUUCACACACUGCACCCACUAUACACACUGAGCCCACUAUAAACAUCACCCACUACACACACUGCACCCACUAUACAUACUGAGCCCACUAUACACACUGCGCCCACUAUAAACAUAACCCACUACACACACUUCACCCACUAUACACACUGCACCAACUACACACACUGCCCACUAUACACACUGCACUCACUAUACACACUGCACCCACUAUACACAUCACCCACUAUACACACUGCACCCACUACACACACUGUGCCCACUAUACACACUGCACUCACUAUACACACUGCGCCCACUAUAAACAUCACCCACUACACACACUGCACCCACUAUACAUACUGCACCCACUACACACACUGCACCCACUAUACACACUGCACGCACUAUACACACUGCACCAACUAUAAACAUCACCCACUAAACACACUGCGCCCACUAUAAACAUCACCCACUACACACACUUCACCCACUAUACACACUGCACCCACUACACACACUGUGCCCACUAUACACACUGCACUCACUAUACACACUGCACCCACUAUAAACAUCACACACUACACACACUGCACCCACUAUACACACUGAGCCCAAUAUACACACUGCGCCCACUAUAAACAUAACCCACUACACACACUUCACCCACUAUACACACUGCACCCACUACACACACUGUGCCCACACACUUCACCCACUAUACACACUGCACCCACUACACACACUGUGCCCACACACUGUGCCCACUAUACACACUGCACCCACUAUAAACAUCGCCCACUACACACACUGCACCCACUACACACACUGUGCCCACUACACACACUGCACCCACUAUACACACUGUACCCAAUAUAAACAUCACCCACUACUAAUCCACUACACACAAAAACUGCAUCCACUACGCACACACUACAUCCACUACACAUGCAUACGGCAUCAACUACAUCCACAAACUGCAUCCAUUACACGCAUCCACUGCAUCCACUACACACACACACACACAGACUGCAUCCACUAUACACACAAACUACAUCCAGUACACACACUCUGCAUCCACUACACAUGCACACCGCAUCCACUUAAUAUACAAACUGCAUCAAUUACAUGCGUACACUGCAUCCACUACACACGCUCUCUGCAUCCACUACACACGCAAACUGUAUCCAUUACACGCGUACACUGCAUCAACUAUACACACACUCUGCAUCCACUACACACAUAUACACUGCAUCUACCACACACACAAACUGCAUUCAUUACACACACACACACUGCAUUCACUAUACACACAAACUGAAUCCAUUUUACACACACACACACACACUGCAUCCAUUACAUAUACUCUGCAUCCACUACACAUGCACACUGCAUCCACUACAUCCACAAACUGAAUCCAUUACACACAAUCUGCAUCCACUACACACCAGCGGCAUCCAUUACACACAAACUCUGCAACCACUACAAACAAACACUGCAUCCACUACACACACAAACUGCACUUAUUACACACACACACACACACACACUGCAUCCACUACACACACACUGCAUUUAUUACACACACACACUGCAUCCACUACACACACAAACUGCAUCCAUUACACACACACACAUUGUAUCCAAUAAAUACACUCUGCAUCCACUACUCAUGCACACUGUAUCCACUACAUCCACAAACUGCAUCCAUUACACAAAAACUGCAUCCAUUACACGCGUACACUGCAUCCACUAAACACACACUGCAUCGACUAUACACACAAACUUAAUCCAUCACUUAUACAAUCUGCAUCCACUACACACGCACAUUGCAUCCACUACACACACAAACUGCAUCCAUUAAACACACACACACACACACACACACUUCAUCCAUUACAUGCGUCCACUGCAUCCACUAACCACACACUGCAUCGAAUAUACACACAAACUUAAUCUAUUACACACACAAUCUGCAACCACUACACACGCACACUGCUUCCACUACACACACAAACUGCAUCCAUUACAUACUCACACUGCAUCCACUACACACACACACACACACACACACACACACACACACUUCAUCCAUUACAUACUCACACUGCAUCCACUAAACACGCACUGCAUCGAAUAUACACACAAACUUAAUCUAUUACACACACAAUCUGCAACCACUACACACGCACACUGCUUCCACUACACACACUGUAGAAUAUUGCAUAUUCUAUGUUUCUAUCGAUUCUAAUUCAGAUUUUACACACACAAACUGCAUCCAUUACACACGCACACUGCAUCCACUACACACACAAAUUGCAUCCAUUACACACAGACACACUGCAUCCAUUACACAGGCACACUGCAUUCACUACACACACACACUGCAUCCAUUAAACACACACUGCAUCCAUCACACACUCUGCAUUCACUACACACACAAACUGCAUCCAAUACACACACACUGCAUCCAUUUCACACACUCUGCAUCCACUACAUACAACUGCAUCCACUACACACACCUGCAUCCACUACACACACACACUCUGCAUCCACUACACAAUGCACACUGCAUCCACUACACACGCACACAGACACACACUGCAUCCACUACACACACUCACACACUGCAUCCACUCCACAUACACUGCAUCGACUCUACACACGCUGCAUCCACUACACACACUCUCUGCAUCCUUGUAGGCAGACUUUGGGUGGGCUCUGUGGGUGGACUCAGAGGUGUGCCGCGGGGGACCAGACCUUCAAAUGUGUAAGAGGCCCCAAAAUUUCUGAUGGCAGCUCUGUUGGGAGGUAUGGGUUAACGGGAUAUGCAAAUAAAUAAUAACACCUGCCUUCUCACACUUAGUCUUGUUCUAUUUAGACUAAAAAGUGUAAAAACUGCAAGUAUUAGGUAUAGCCAGAAACACGAGGAAAAUAAUUCAAUGUAAUAGAAUGUGCAAAUAGUAGUUAUUCACCCCAAAUCGUCCUGAAUGUUAGGGGUUUUCCCUAAAUAAGCCAUUCCUCCACUGAAAUUCCCCUUUCUGUGCAAGGUGCAAAGCUUACAGAAAUUCCUCCCAGAUCAAAUUUCAAAAGGUAAAACAGCAUAAAUAGCUCUAUUCAUUGUAUUCUUCCGUAUACUACAGUCAGACACAACCAGCUCGCUCUGUGAUAAUACAAUCUGCUGCAGGAUUCCACAGUCUAAUGUAAGUAAAGGUGACGGGCUAUUAUUUACUAAACACAGCUAUUACAGCCUCCGUUCUGCAACUUGUCCUUCGGUUCACUGUGAAUUUGGGUUUUGUGAAUGAAUCGACUUUAUGAUGAAUAUUGAUCUGCAUUUAUUCAGCUCAGCAGGCUAAACUAGCAGAGAUAGAAGACAAUUCAGAUGAAUCUGAGCAGUUCCAAAUCUAGACAUUUUAUUGGCUGCGGAGAUACACGGGAAUACUCCUUAAAUUGCGAUUAUUGAAAAGCCAAAGUUAUUAUUUUCACUUGCCGGUCACUCAGAUUAAAAGCCCUUCGUAUCAGUCAGGAGAGUGUUUAUGGCAAGUAGACGAUGCGUUGAAAAGUGUAACUUUCAGAGCUCGGACGCUCCGGUUAAAUGAUGUUUUUUGCUUUCACCGCCUGUAUUAUCAUGUCUUUAACCCCUUAAGGACCAAACUUCUGGAAUAAAAGGGAAUCAUGACAUGUCACACAUGUCAUGUGUCCUUAAGGGGUUAAACAUUAUCUGAGUGAACAAACCUGAACGGCCAGCUUGCCUUCCACUUUGUACCUGUAGCUCACAUGCUCCGCUGAGAGCCUUGUUCUCAGCUCUUAAACAAACCGACUGCUGGCAGUGUUCUCAGUGACGCUCUUUAUGAUAAAAAAAAUGUUAUGUUGUUAUUCUAGUCUUUUGUUAAAGGGACUCUGUAGGCUCCAAGACCACUUCAUCUGAUUGGAUGCACUGCCCCUAUUGCCCUUAGUGCUACAAUGUUAAACAAUUCCAGAGAAACUGCAAUGUUUAUAUUGCAGCACUAAGUCAGCCUCUAGUGGCCUUCUACCAGACAGUCACUAAAGGGCUUCCAAGUUUGAAACGGACCUUUGUUCCAGUAUCUGACGCUGGACGUCCUCACGCUCUGCAUGAGAACCUACAGCAUCAGAUGUUUCCUAUUGUUGCAAUGCAUGCGCAAGGACAGAGGAAGAGCUUCGACCCAGCACCGAGGGACAUCGGUGCAGGGAUCAGGUAAGUAAAUAAAGGGUUUUUAUGCCUUAAUUUCCCGGGAAUGGGGGGGCGCAUGGGAAGGGGAUGGCAGAGGGAGCUUUGUAUACCUGGCACUAUAGUUCCCCUUUAAGAUUUUAUUGUUAAUUAAUAUUGUCAAUCUAUUAACACCUUUAGCAGGUCCGUCCCUUGUAAAGAUGUGCUUUGUAUCCUUUUAUUUGUCCUGUUUAGUUUUUCUUUAUGUAAUUAAAAAUUUGAAAUUAAAGAAUGUUUAAAAGAACCGACUAAAAGGUCUAGUGCACAUUCAGUUAGUAAAUAAGAAUAAAUUGACUGCAGACUUCUGUCUAAAGUUUUAUAUAAUCAAUUAAUAUAUUCUGUGAAGAUAACUAAGGCCCUAAUAUCUACAAGACAAAAAUAAGCUAAACAAAUUAAAAUCUAUACAACAGACUUCCCAGAAGAGAUCAGACAUGUGAUUUUCCAAUACUGUCAAUCAGUACUCCAAAACUUAAAAAUCAAUAAUCCAAUACAAUCAAUUCACUAAUUUUGUUAUUGCAAAGAAUUUGAGAAGAUUCGGACACCAUUCUGUGUAAGAUAUUUAUUAGGUUCCCUCGCAAAGGUCGGCUUCUACCAAUAUGUUUCCACUAAGUGUUUUUUGGUGCCAAAGCCUGUUAUAGACCAUCUGGGCCCAACCUCCCAUUGUUGGUGUACCCGGGUCAAUGCCCAGAGUGAACACAAAGAUUAUUACGGUCACUUGUGAGAGGUGUCAAGAUUAGCCAUCAUGAGUGAUUCUAGAACUAGUCAAUGGAUUUAUUAAUAUUAUUGUAAUUGUUUAUCUUUAGUUUGCAAAAACUAUCCAGUGCGAGUAAUACUAAAGUGCUCCUGUAUCGUCUGAAUAUAAAGUUGUGAUUUCUGUUCUAUGUGAUACUGCUCGGUUGUGUUUUCUGUCUACUGUAACACUGAAAUGGUAAAUGAUGUUCUUUUUGUAGAAGCCUGAAAAUGACUUCAAGAAGACGUAGUUCGAGUACAGGUACGUGCUAUAAUUCUUAAAAAAAUAAUUCAAUUAUUUAACUUCGAUGAUUGGUCACUGUUUUUUUUCUUGCAUACAACUAUUUCCCUAACGAUAGGUAAUAAUGAGGUGAUAAUGGAGAUUUGUAUCCAGUGCAGGGAGUUUAACAUCAUGGGCUUGCCUUCCUGGUAGCAUUAGCAGAAUGGUAAUUGGCCCCCUGGCUGGGUGACUGGAUUGAAAGUUACCCUGGAACGAAACAAACUUAAUGUGAAUAAAGUUUCAGAAAAUCGAUAAAAUAUAUCAUGUAAUGAUGAGCUAAUUCUCUACAUGUGAGUGUGCAGACCUGUUCCCCGGCCCUCGAAGGAUAACAUAUUUGCUAUAUUCUCAUUUUCCAUUUUCAGAUGGCGAAGUGCUGAAGAGGGGUUUGCUGACUAAGUCUCCUGGUUGGAAAGUGUUUCGUAAUCGGGUAAUGUCCCUUGUCCAAAAUUUGAUAUAAAUGUUAAGGACCAACUUAACCGUAUUAUGUUAUUUUGUGGUGUCUGCAACUCACAGUAAAGUACGUGCAGGAAGAUUUUAUCACAGCUUUGCUUUUUUGGGCCAUUGAUCCUGAUCUUAAAUCUAACUUUAGCUAAAAUAUUACUUUAACAUCCAAUGGCCUUAUUCAUUUUUUCUGUAGUUUUUCAUUACCUGCUUUCUAUAAAAGAAAAACCUUGCAGAACAUAGAAAUGAUGCACACAAAGCUCGAACUAUUACAUAUCUGAAAAUUCCUCAUUAUGACUUCUCACAUAGAAGCAUUUUUUUUUUUACAUUUUCUGACCCAGUAGAAAAUGUGAAAAGCUGAAAUUAUUCUCAAUGUACUCAUUUGAAUAUUUUAUUUUGUUUAUUAAGUCUUCAUGGAAAUCCCGGAUCUUCAAACUGUGUAAAACAUUGGAUGGUAAAUACCUUCUAAACUACUUCGCUCCCAAUGGACUGGCAGAUGAAUUGAAAGGAACUAUCGACAUUUCUGAGUAUGUAUCAGUCCUUUAAGUCAUUAUACCAUUAUCAUGUACAACAUGGAGUGAGAAGAGAGGGAGGCGGUGGGAUAGUUCAGUGGUUAGUUUUCACUUCCAGCAAAGUCAUUAUUUUAACCUUCACAAGCAUUAUGGUUUUAAAUAAUAGGAGAAUAGGUAAGGGCCUGAGAAAUGUUUGGAAAGUCGUUAAAGGUGUCUCAAAGACCAAAUUAACAAAUCGUUCUGUGGUCCUACAUGGGUCAACUAAAUGAACCGGUAGAUCCUUAACUGCCGCACAUUCUAUAUUCCCGUAAAAUGUGUCUGUUUUCAGAAUUCUUUUAUAGCGUUGCAUAUUUUUACAUUCUUAAUUUCCUAAAGCUGAUUUGGUCUUAUUUUCUGCAUUUUUAUUUGAUAUCAUAUAUUAACUAUAAAAAUAAAUUAUUACUCUGUUUAAGGGUAAAUAUAGCCAUCCAUUAAAUAAACAGCGAGGAUUGGUUGCAAAAUUAAGAGUAAAAUAGUCAAAGGAAUUCUCGAACUGUAGAGUUAAUAUUUUUGGUUAAAUGUUUCUAUUGAUAAUUAUCUAGAGAAGUCACCAUUAAAGUCUAUGGAAAUUUUGGUAGACAAACCAUUUGACAAAGCCCUGGUAUUGUUUGUUAAUUGGGUGUAAAUGUAUUUCUGUUUGUUCCGCAGAGUCAAAGCUGUUCAAAGAGGAGUAAAUGCCAUAGACAAGAUUAGUGUAGUUCUGCGCAUGUUCAACAUCACUGCAGAGAAUGUUAUAUAUAUAAAGGUUGCUGACCGUGAUUUCUAUCUCUUUGAUGAAAACAAGUAAGUUAAACAUCACAGAGGAAUCAUUUUUCUGGCUAUUACUUUCUUCAUUUGUCUCUUAGCUUAUUUACAGUCUGUGAGUCACAUCCUGGAAUAUUAAAGGGACACUAGUCUGGGUGCAGUGUCCCAGUCCCAGUCCCUUUUUUUUUAAAUCCUUAUUUAAUAACAGAGGUCAGGUAGAGAAUUGUUAGACCGUACUAGACAUGAAAACACGUUUGGUAAUGAGAAACAAGAUGCAUUACAACAAAUGACGUAAUGACAGAUCUUCCAAGAUCAUUGGUCUUUCCGAUGUUACCUUCCAUCCUCUAAGAUUUCAGUAAACCGAUAAUCAAAUAAAAAGAAGAAAGAUGUAGGAAUCAAGAAGGAAAAGAAAAGGGGGUGGGAAGGGAAGUACCAAUGUGUGGAAUCCCCAAUCCAUAACAUAUUUAUCCCUUUAAUUCCUUAGUCAUAUAUUGUAUGACAAUGUAUACUGUCUAAGGCUUUCCAUUUCGCAAAUAUUUUUAGAAAGGAUGAACGAAUACAUGUAAAAUAAAAAUUGUGUAAGUUUACACAUUUUUAAUUUUUACGUUUGUCCUCAUAACAAUCUGUACAGAAAACAGUUUUUUUUGUUUUUUUUAAUGUUUAUUUUCUAGCUAUGCAUCCCUUGCAUCAAUUAAAUAUUAUAAUAUUUUUUUCCAUUACAAAAUGCUUGGACAUUAAGAGGUUAAGAGUAAUAUUUAUAAAUAUCAUUUUACCAAGAUCAGCCCAAUCAAAGUUACAUUUUACCAGUAUUGGAAUUUGGUUAUGGAAACCCUGUACGUAUCCUACUUACACACGACACACUAAUACCAAUACACAACAUAACACAAAGUAGAAGCAAUGCUACACGCAAACACAAAUACAACACAAAAUUUUACUUAUCAGUUUAAAACAUGUUCAACGUAGAUCUGUCAACAAAACAAUAAGGAUUCAGUGUGCAAUACAUAUAGAUCUUAACAUUUUUAAUAUUUUACAUAAUCCCAAAGUAGUUGUGUCAAUGUUAGUGAAAUAUUACAGUGUGCACUAAGUAGCAUUUAAUUGACUUUUUGUAUUUUUUUUUUUCUUUUUGCCUCUAAAGGAAAGAGAUUGAAGAAUGGUUUAAUUGCAUUAGUCAGGCGUGGGUAGAGAUCAACAGAAGCACAGUAAGAUAUUUUAUAAUGUGAUACUAACUAGUAAGAUAUAUUGUAAAACUAACUAGUAAGAUAUUUUAUAAUGUGAUACUAACUAGUAAGAUAUAUUGUAAAACUAACCAGUAAGAUAUUUUAUAAUUUUUUUUUAAUCUUUUUAAUCUUUUAAAUCUUUUUUUUAUUGGUAUUUUGUGAGUCAUAUAUCAGAUUAUAACAGAUGUAAAGUUGUGACAUUGUGGAUGCGCAGGUCCAAGAGUUUUUAUAACUUAAAGUUAUGUACAAGUUAUGUAUAUAGGAAUUUUUAACUGACAUUUUAACGUUAUGUACCCAGAGCUGCCUGGUCUGAAAACCGUAAAUACAUGCACAGUUAUGGUCAGCACACUAUCUUUUUCCCCCGAACUCCGUUGCGUAGAACUGUUGGCCGCCCCUUUGAUUAUAUCUUUUCCUGAACGUGUCCUACAACUUAUGGGUCUUCUUGUGGCACAUUUAACUGGGGCCCCCUUAAGGUGUAUUCUAAGCCGAGCCAGGGAUAAUUAGUGAUAUUUUAUAAUCUGAUACUAAUAAGUAAGAUGCUUUAUAUUGGGAUACUAAUUAGUAAGAUGUUUUACAAUGUAAUACUGACUAAUAUGAUAUUUUAUAAUGUGAUACUAAUUAGUAAGAUAAUUUAUAAUGUGAUACUAAUUAGUAAGGUAUUUUAUAAUGUGAUACUAAAUAGUAAGAUAAUUUAUAAUGUGAUACUAAUUAGUAAGGUAUUUUAUAAUGUGAUACUAAUUAGUAAGAUAAUUUAUAAUGUGAUACUAAUUAGUAAGGUAUUUUAUAAUGUGAUACUAAUUAGUAAGGUAUUUUAUAAUGUGAUACUAAUUAGUAAGAUAUUUUAUAAUGUGAUACUAAUUAGUAAAAUACUAAAAUGUAAUACUAGCUAGUCACUAGUAAGACAUUUUGGUCUCAAUUUAAUAUUGUUGGAUACAUUUUCCGAAUUAUUUUAUAACUUUAGAUAAACUUUUAACAAUAUUUAAUAUUAUGAAAAAUAUCUUAAUUUUGUAAUAUAUUCAUAGUUUUUUUUACAUAUUGAUCUAUAUUUUAUAUAUGAUAUAUUUUUGAUAUUUUAAUAUUUUGCUAAAUAUUGUUAAAAGUUUAUUUAAGAUAUUAAAUCAUUUUGAAAGUUUAUUUAACAAUGGUAAAUCAAAGCUUUAUCAAGUAAUAUUGGUAACUAGUAAGAUACUAAGUAAAGUAACACUAACUAAAAACUAGUGAAGUAAUUUACCACAUUUACUAAUUUACUAGCUACUAACUAGUAUGAUAUGUUAUAAUGUAAAGCUAUCUAGUAUCUAGUAAGAUUUGGUAUAACAGCAUAAUAACUGGUAACUAAUACAGUACCAAAUAAAGUAACAUUAACUAGUUACUAGUAAAAUAUUGUAUAAAUAACACUAAGUAGUAACUAGUUAGCUAAUUUAUAUUACAAUACUAACUAGUAAUCAGUUAUAUCCUGUAUAGAUUAAUAUUAGCUAGUUACUAGUAAGAUAUUGUAUAAAGUAAUACUAACAAUUAAAUACUAAGAUGCUUAUCUUUACACAGAAUUUCAAAAGCCUUAUACGUCUUUUAUAUAAUUCUAUAUAUUACACAGUGCUGUAUUAUAUAUACAAUAUUAUACGUAAUGUGUAAUACAAAAUAACAUGAUAUAUAGUGAGUGAGUCAAAUAUUCGCAACCCCUGUUAAUAAUGCAAUCCAUAUAGCAGAUGGCUAUGAUAACAGGCAUCCUAGCUCAGAUCUGACAUUAAAUUAUAUCAAAUAAUAUCGCACUAAGUGCAGUCAGGUAAUCUGAAUGGAACAUGCACAGAGAAGGGUUAAGGAACCUGAAGAUUUCAGACCAAUGUUGCGUUCUUAUUGUCUAUGCGGAAUGUAGUUUUAGAUUGGGGUCUGUGUAAAAUAUAAACCUAUGACUAGUGCUCAUCUAACAUUAUUAAUUUAUACUUCCAGAAUGUAGAUGGACCUGCAAUUGGGCACCCAGUUCCUAUCAGCGUGCCUGAAAUGGUAAGAACAGUCUUUAUUCUAGUCCGAGAACAUAGAGAGGAUGUUCCUCUGGGGUUCAACGUUUAGAACAUGAGAACAUAGAAAUGAUGUUUCUCUGAGUUUCAAUGUUUAGAACAUUGGAACAUAGAUAGGAUGUCCAUCUGGGGUUCAACGUUUAGAAUAUGAGAACAUAGAAAUGAUGUUCCUCUGGGGUUCAAUGUUUAGAACAUGAGAACAUAGAUAGGAUGUUCCUCUGUGAUCAAUGUUUAGAACAUGAAAAUAUGGAGAGGAUGUUCCUCUGUUGUCCAUGUUUGGAACAUGAGAACAUAGAGAAGAUGGAACACGACAUGAUCUGUCAGAUGUUCUCAUGGGGUUUAAUGUAUGGAUCAUGACAUGAUCUGUCACACAGUAUUCUGUACAUAACUUAUGGGGGUUAUUUACAAUGGUGACUCGAUAAAAUGUAUUUGGGCCCCUUGUAAUUUUAGAUCCAUAGAAAAGGCAGGAAAAUCCCCUUAGAGGAAAGGAAAGUCGAGCAAAAAUAUCUUUCCUAAAGUAAACAUUAGAGAAAGAACGGAGAAGGUCAGAGCUUACUGAAUCACAUUCUGCUGUGUUACGGACAACACAAAAUGUUCAAAAAGUAUGAAACUGCCUGAGCUGACUUAACUUACAAACUACUGGCCAAGUUUAGAGCGACAUUCCUUUACAGGGAAGUUAAUUUUUCCCCCAGUUUGUAAAAUGUAAUCCAUAGUUUGAUAUUUAGUUGUAAACUAAGUACAAUUCAGUUUAAAAAAGCAAUAUUGGAGGCUUUUAUAAAUGAUAACUUGUAGGUGCGAUUACGUUAGUAUUGGUAUCAAUUUCUAUCUCUCUGUAAAAUAUGUGACCCAGUAAUCUCUUCUUCAACCUCACAAAAAAAGUCAAACAUUUCUUUCUUAUCUGAUACAUUUGUUUCCACAGGAAAAAAGGCCAAAAUCGCACCCUUGUAACCAUCCUCAUUCGGGACAUGUCAUGACAAACGUAAGAUGUUUGAAACUGUUUAUUUUAACGAGUAUAGAGAACGAAGGCAGUGAUUUGUAGUUACAGGUAGAUGAUGCACUAAUACAAACCCAAAGUCUCCCAAGAAACCAUUAAGUUAGCAAGAUAAUAGAGAGCAUCAACUGUGCUGCCCUGUGGCGGUAACCACAUGCUGCCAAUGAGAGAUGCAUCACUGUCACCUCCUUGAAGUAGUUGUGCCCAUUCUCUUGUCAAUUCCCUCAGCUUAAAAGGUUUUGGAUUUUCACUGAAAAUCCAAUUGGGAGGAAUGGGAUCCAAAAUUAAGAUAAUUUUCCUGGGACGUCAGGGUAAUAUGGUUGUUUUAGUGUGUUUCAUUGAUAUAAUUUUGGUAAUUGGACCAUUGUAAUUUGCUUCAACAUGCUCAUUAACUUCUUGAUCCGUGCAAGGUUGAUGGGUUACACCAGAAAUAGCAGUUGGGUCAAAAUCUGAGUCCCAUUGGUAGAUUCGCCUAUGGUCACACCAGAGGCACAGAAAAAUCCACUCAGCUGGUCAGAUCAGAAAUUAGUUGACCCUAUGGACUAAAAUUCAAUUUGUAUCUGAUAAAUCUGAGUAUCCCUUGUUCACUCACGAGACAGUCAUGCCACUUUGUAACUGUGAUGUUUGCUGUGUUUUGUCCAGACACUUUACAUACAGAGGUGUAACACAGAUUCGGGGAUGGCCUACGCACCCAGCAUGAAUGCAUUUGGGCAAGAAUUCACUGGGACAUCAGCACUAUCAGCGGUGAGUCCUGUAUUUUACCUACUGCACGCACUCAACCUGUAUUAUGGCAGGCCACAAUACAGAUAUUUUGGGGUCAGUGUAAUUAACACACAAAUUGCAAACCACAGGUGAACGGACUUCUGUAUUGUGCAAUAUGUUUCAGCACACAUAGCUAUUUUUCUGUACUGUGCCCUGGUUGGAUUUAUCCUAAGGCCAGUUGCCUAAAUGCACCCACAUUAUUGUAUGUAUGUAUGUAUGUGCAUGUAGGUGUGAUUGUAUGCAUACGUGUGAACAUGGUGGUGAUUGUAUCUAUGAAUGUGAACAUGGAGGGGAUUGUAUGUAUGUAUGUGUAUAUGGAGGUGUUUGUAUGUAUGUAUAUAUGGGGGUGAUUGUAUAAACUAUAAUUACAAAAUAAGUACAUCAAUUUAACUAUAAAAGGCACACUAUUUAUAAUUAUAUUAUUUAUUAAAUUACUGAAAAACUAUAAAAUCACAAAAGCUGUGCCUGUACGUUGGAUAUUUAAUGAAUUUGUAAUGACAGUACAGCUUGUGCCACAUAUACCUUUAUUAUUGAUUUGGGGGGAAAUACCUUUUAUUAUUGAUUUGGGGGAAGGGGAAGGCAGCCCUUUUGAAUGAUGACUGACAUCCCAAUCAAUUAGCUUAUUCUUAUUUAAUUUUUAUUUAAAACGGCAAAACAAGUUUUAGAGGCCAAAUAGACUGUGGGACUAAGGUACGGGCACAAGUAAGCUUCACAUCAGUUUAUUACUAAAUAUAUGGCAUGGGCCACCGUGGAAUUUCCCUGUGUAGUCCUGGUAGGCUAUCCAUGAUGUCACCCCCCUAACGAUGCCUCCCCGAGACCAGGGCCUUGAUGGCUUUGUAGGCAAUCCAGCCCAGACAGUGCCCAGUGGCACCUCCUGAAAUCAUAUACAGGGUGCUCAUAGGGUACCAAAUUCAAACAUUGGGAUUACUAAUAAACUGAAAUGAUAAAGAUUUACUUUUACAUGCCUCACAAUAUUAGGAGCUUUCUGGCAAGCUGGGCACAUUGGAGGCUGGGUAGUGUGCAGUGUGACCAUAUUUCAUGACACUUAGAUAAAUUUCCCUCUGUUUAUCAGUAGAAAGGCCUGGCUAGCUCAUGUUGCGAUAUGAUAGGGCAAACAAUGAGCACUUUUAUCAAUUUUGCUUUCAGAAACAAACAGUUUCAGAAAAAGACAAUCCACAGCCGGAUUAUGACAGUGACCACGGAAUCGACCAAGACUCAGAGUAUGAUAAACUACCGGUAAGCUACCUGGUAGGACUUGGUCAACCUUUCUUAAGGUUGUUCAGAAAAUUGAAAUAAAGUCCUUCCUCCUGUAACACAGAGACGCAUGUUUAGUAUUUGAUCAGGUUGUGGACAGACAGGCAAAGCAGAUGAUCUCUGUAGAAAAGUCAGAAUUUCCAUUGGGCAGGGCAUCGAGGAUCUAAAGAACAAUGUCUAUAUCCACAAAACACUGCUAUAUCAAAUGUGCACUCUGUGGUUGCCAUCACUGCCUAAUAUGUAUACUUACUACUUGACAUAUGUAGCUAUCGCACAACAGUGAAUUGUGAGUUUCCAUAAACCUGCUGAGAGUUUUAUAAUAUUUGAUCUCACCACAACUUAUUUCGUAAUUCACCAUUUCAUAAUUUGCUCUCAGAAAGACUUCAACUCCUGACCAAAUCAGAGCCAUGCUGUAAAGGGUCAAAACUCUACAGUUCGUGGCUGGUUCCUGGUAAUUGGUCCAUGCUUUAAUUUAAAAAGCUGUGUUUAAAACAGCGUUCAUUGCUAAUGAUAUCUGCAGAACUUUGGGGGAAUGUUGGAGCCAAAGGUGGACCAAAUGUCCGGCUUGAGAUAUGUAGGUGAUGCACAGCAGCGAUUUAAACAAUUCUUUUUUAAAAACCUGACCCUAGCUCCCCAUGUGUACCAUAAAAAAAACUUUUUAAUUACCUUUUUCCAACAAUGAGACUGUCUCACAGAAUACCUCUCUUCCUCCCAUGACAUCAUGAUGGUCCAAUCCAAUGCUCCUGGGGACCUGCUGCGCAUGAUUGGCAAGUGUCACGCAUGCAUCCAAGCUUCCCUAUAGGAAAGUAUUAAAUUAAUACAUUCCUAAGGUAGCUGCAACUUCACAUAACCUAGUUUUACUCAGUCGUUGAAACGGGAGCACCUCCAGUUACUGUCAGUGUAAUAGCCUCUGGAACUCUUCAAGGUAAACAUUGUCGUUUCUGCAACUUGGCAAUGCUUUUCCUUGAACAGCUGAACUGAAAAGACUACUGCAUCCAGGCCACAUUACUGACAUGAAGUAGCCUAAGAGACUUUAUUGGUCCGUUAUAUUGAUUUCAAUAUAAGUACUAACAUUUAGCUCUAUUUUUGCAGCCACGUACACCGCCUUCUGGUAAAAUGUCACCUCGGGAAACUUAUCUGGAGUCAGGACCCGAUAGUGACAUUGGGAGUGACAGCGAGAGUGCAUACGAUUAUCCGCGGCCACAAUCAACGCUUCUGGUAAAAUGUCUUUACCUUCUCUCUAUUAGUGGUUUUGGGUGGGGGGAGGUAUUGCUUGGUCCUGUAUCUGUAUAAAUACUCCCUUUUGAAUUUCUUCUUGGUUUUUUUAACCCCAUUCUCUCCUACUGCCCCCCAUUCUGACACCCCUUCUCUCUCACUGUCCCUCACCCAGACACCCCUUCUCUCUCUCUCUGACCCCCAUCCUGACUCUCACUGUUCCCCACCCUGACACCCCUUCUCUCUCACUGUCCCUCACUCAGACACCCCUUCUAUCUCUCUCUGACCCCCAUCCUGACUCUCACUGUUCCCCACCCUGACACCCCUUCUCUCUCACUGUCCCUCACCCAGACACCCCUUCUCUCUCUCUCUGACCCCCAUCCUGACUCUCACUGUUCCCCACCCUGACACCCCUUCUCUCUCUCUCUGACACCCCAUCCUGACUCUCACUGUUCCCCACCCUGACACCCCUUCUCUCUCUCUCUGACACCCCAUCCUGACUCUCACUGUUCCCUACCCUGACUUAUCUUUCUCUCUCACUGUCCCUCACCCAGACACCCCUUCUCUCGCUCUCUCUGACCCCAUCCUGACUCUCUCUGUUCCCUACCCUGACUUAUCUUUCUCUCUCACUGUCCCUCACCCAGACACCCCCUUCUCUCUCACUGUCCCUCACCCAGACACCCCCUUCUCUCUCACUGUCCCAUCCCUUGCAAUGCCUCCAUUCUGUUUCCAUUCUGCUUCUGAUCUCAGAUCAACCUUAAAACAGAAAGACAAAAAAAACCAAUAAAACCAAAUUAGAAAUAGAAUUGAUAAUAAAAUCUAAUAACCCAGGUAAUAACCCAGACCAUUACUUUAUUUUCUCCUCAGCCUGAAUUUAUUUCCAACGUACAGAGAAGCAGCGUUUCGAACAGUGAUCAGACCAGUGAUUCUGACUCAGAUGAAGAUAAUAUCUAUCAAGAAAUGAAGCCAUUGUAAGUAUUACACAUUUAUUAACAAUAUGUGAGAGGGAAAACAAAGCAAUGGAAGAAUGUUUCAUAAUAUAUUGUCUUUUUUUUCCCUUUUCAUUUUUUUUUACAAUUUUUUUUGUUUUUUUCCCACUGGCUGACUGGACAAAACUGAAUAAUGUUUUCAUAAAUUCUCUGUAUGACUGACUGAGCAGUAGAUUAUAAUCAUUGCUAAUGCCAGCUUAAGCCUAGGUUAGAAAUAAUGGGACUCAUUAGGAGAUGAGAGGAUGAGUUUGACAUUAACGCUGUACAGGUCCAACUGCCUAGGGUGUGUACCUUCAUUGUACACGGCCUGGCUGGAGAGCUGCUCGGGGGCGGGACUAGUCCAGGACAUUACAAGUGACUUCAUGACCAACUGAUGACCAUUUAUGUAACUUAAAACUUCCUUUACAACCAAAGCAAAAUAGUUAUAGGAGAAUUUAGAAACAAGUUAACAGAGUUUAAAGAUGUGUUACUGUACGUUUUAUCACUGAUUCGUUUGAAACACUCAGACACACCAGAUAGUCUGAGAUCCUAGAAAACUGAGAUACAAGAGGAGAAAAGUGGGACAGGGGGAUAAGUACCUAAAGAAGAAACGUUUUGAAUCUUUCCCCAGAAUGACGGAAAAUGUAAAAUAGUGUUAAUUUUAUGUUUCAGCUCUGAAACUCAGGAUAGCAAUGCUCCAGAUAAGUCCGAAAUAAUAAAUAAACCUGCGAGUUGCGAAAAACGAAACAUAUUCAAGGGAAGCAGGCUAAAAAAAGUGCACCUGUUAACAAUGAAUUUGUAAGUAUUCUAAUAUAAUAUAUGUUUACAACUGAAAAUAACUAAGUAUCUGCUCGUUGCUGCUGUUAGAACUUUAUGCUGACGCAUUUAAGAAAACAAAUAAUAUCAAUGCAACAGUUAUUGGCAUUGCCACAAAAAACUUCUUCACCAGGAGAUUUAACUCUUUAAUUUGUUUUAGAAAAUCUUUAUGAAUAUUACAUGUCUGGGAUGUUCCACCUUGAUAUUUUAGUUUUUGGGUCGUGGAUGACUGAAAAGCAAAAUAAAUUAUUUGGUUUAUAUUAGAGAUGGCUUACCGUGGUACCCUCAGAUCACUGGGAACUUCAUUUUAUAGACAAAAAAAAAUCAUGUGUUUAUUUAUUUUUCUAAAUACAUUGAAGUGAUACAUUUACUAAUGUCAUAUAUCCUUUCAGUGAGGAAACAGAUACAGAAACGAUAAGUCUCAGCGUGCCAACAGAACACAUGCGAAAAUAUUUAGCGGUGGAAAUAAUCGCAAACCGUUUACGGUAAGUCCUAUGUGUCACCCUCAUUCUGAUAUAAAGUAUUUCAGUGGAUUUUUGUGAAAUCUUAAAUAAAAAAUUAUGGUUGGAUUUGAAACUAAUUGCUAAAUCAGACAAGAAAUCUCAGGUUUAGUAAUGGAUUUGAUAUCUAUCAUAGUUGAGUUUAACGAUCUACGGCCUGUUACACAUGUUCUUAAAUUACAAUAACUAAGUAACUUGAAAAUGAUCCAUUUUUGUUUAUAGUGUAUCCAAAUGGAAGGGCCCAAAAGAAAUUGGGUGUUUGUUUCGUUAUGGGGAUAACAUAGACACAAUGAAUGAUAUCACAAUGGAGUCUUGUGAAUUGUUCUCACAAAUGUUAAACAACUCUAAAGGGAGAGAGGUAAGUUCUAAAUGACGGAGAGAGUCAUUUAAUCUAUUCAUUUUGGAGACGCAGUGCUAUAAAUUUCAUUCCAAUGAUAUGUUUAUUCUAUCAAUAUAUAAGUACUAUGUGUAGCCCUAUGCUUUCCCAUACUCUAAUGCAUGUAUGCUCAUAUAUAUGACUGUGCAUUUAUAUUUGUGUAUAUCAGUUUGUGUGCAUGUAUGUAUAUGUGUUCAUGUGUUUAUGUGUCUGCAUAUACAUAUGUAUAUAUAUAUUGUGAGCGAAAAAGUGGAAUAGUGGUUGAUGAAAGAUACAUCAGGCCUGAUUUGCUAAACAGCAGCCAGAGAAUUUUCAGUUAAAUGCCCCAGGGAGAGAUGUUAAAGUUUGCGAUAUACAUUGCUGAUACUAUGCAAAACACGGUAUGGGUCCCUGGGGCAGAGUAUUUGGAGAGCAGGGUGGGCCAAUGCUCCAACAGCACUAGUUGCUCUGUAACAGACCAGAAUUUAAUAACUUAAUAGUUAACUAAUUGGCACUCACCUGUAGCUGGUCAAUUGGCAGACAGGCCUUUAAAAGAAGAGAUCAGCCUGCUGCAGAGUGAGGGAGAAAAAGCCAGCUAGGAGAGCUGAAGGAGAGAAAACAACAACAACAACAACAACAACAACAACAACAACAAUUGCGUUUAUUGAAAAGCUAUUUCGUUUGUUUUGGAAAAUCGGUAAGUGGGAAAGCCACCCAAUUACAGAUAGUGAUUUCUGUCUAGUAAGAGCUCAAGUAAGAGCAAGGAAUUUUGUUUUUAUUAUUUAAAGCAGCUGUUUUUCCUAUGAAAUAAAAAGGAAAAUCGAGCUGAAUGUGUCCUGGAUAGUGAUGUCCCGAACUGUUCGCCGAAAGGUCCGCCACGAACGGUUCGCCACGGACUCAUCAUUGAGUAAACUUUGACCCUGUACCUCACAGUCAGCAGACACAUUCCAGCCAAUCAGCAGCAGACCCUCCCUCCCAGACCCUACCACCUCCUGGACAGCUCACUAAGAAUGCAGCUUCACAAUGGAUGCUGUCCAGGAGGUAGGAGGGUCUGGGAGGGAGGGUCUGCUGCUGAUUGGCUGGAAUGUGUCUGCUGACUGUGAGGUACAGGGUCAAAGUUUACUCAAUGAUGAGUCCGUGGCAAACCGUUCGCGAACCGUUCGGGACAUCACUAGUCCUGGGCUUUGUAUACCCUAGAAGGCUGUGGUUUAUUGUAAGAUCUGUGACAAAAUCCUACCUGUAAAAGAGGUGGUUUGUUACAAUAUUUAUAUAUAUAUAUAUAUAUGUGUGUGUGUGUGUGUGUGUGUGUAUGUAUAAAGUGUACCUUUUUCUCCACUGUCUGCUUGUUUUUUGUUUUUUUUUCUCUCCCCCUCACUCUACUCUUCAGUUAGAUAUUUACGACCCUCUGCAAGAAUGUUGUCUAUUUUCUAUCAAACCCGUGUCUUAUCUGUUCUCGUGUCACUUUAACCCCUGUAUCACAACUCAACUUUGAAUUCUAUGUGUCAUCUUGCUCAGAAUGUUCUACGUUCGAUGUUUUCAGAAAAUAUAAAUUUAUUUGCGACGGCUGCAUUUCGGCCGAAUAUUUGUUCCACAUUUCGGAGCCAAGUGCAUGAAUAUAUAAAUAAACAUUCAGUGUAUAUUUGUGCAGUCCAUUUAUAAGAGCAUUUCAUUUGGUUCACAGAUCAAGGGAGAAAAAGUUAAUAAUAGAUGGAAAAACAGGCGGAUAUUUAAAAUGUAUUUGUAUUUUUAUUAAAUAUAUAAUAUACAAUGUAUAAAUAUAGAUUGUUUUACUUUUCAUUUUUUUUAAAUUUUAUUUCUUUUCUAUUGCUUACUUCUCUCUUGAUCUGUGAAUAAAAUUUAGUGACAGUCCUCCGCCCCCCGCCCCCCACCAUUAAUCAUCUAUUUUUUGGAACCUUGGGAGGAAUUCAGAUUCAGAACCCCAAAUCCGACAGGUUCGGCAUUACGCGAUUUUGUUAAUCCGUGAUUCAGGUACAGAUUUGAGAAUUUGACCAAUCCCCCAAAUGCCCCAAAUUUGGCCAAACUGUAGUUUGGCACGAAGUAAAUCAUCAAGUCUAAUUAUUUUUUAGAAUCAAACAAUUUUUAGUAACCUUUAGACAACAUCAUUCACACAGCCUUAAUACUUUAAAUUAUUGACACAAACGUCGUGUAAAAUUUCAUCCAAGAUUCUGGGUGGAACUUUGUCCCAACACAAUCAUACUAGACGAACAUUUCAAAGUCAAUUGUCAACCCACCGUGGUUUGCUGUUAACCCCAAAUGGUAAAUUUUAUGAAAACUUAAAAAAGUUAUGGAUAUAUUUUGAAUAGGUUAAAACAUAUUUAUAGAAUAAUUAAUGAAUUGUUCGAUGGUAAUAUGCCUUGGUUUAAUAUUGUUGGAUAAGCUUUUCAAAUAUUUAAUAUUUUUGGAUAAACUUUUUCAAUAAUUUAUAAAACUUUAUAAAUCAUAUAUACAAAUGAUAUCCAUAUAUCCAUAAAUAUCCAAAUAGUAAAAUAUUUGUAAAAAUAUAAAUCAUUUAAAAAGUUUAUCCAAAAAUAUUAAAUCGAGGAUAAUAUUAAAUCACAGUUAAGAGAACUCUAACUCCAAAAAUAUUUGAAGGUGAAAUUUAAAGUUUGUACAUUUCCUUGUUGAUAGGUGAAGCUGACAGUCGUUCGUUUCAAAAAAGCCAGUGUCUUUCACGCAGAAGGGUGUGACUGCAACAAAUCUUGAGAUCCGUGUCCAAGGUAUUGAUUUAGAAGAUGUGGGGCCGAUUUAAUAUUGUUGAAUCAGCUUUUCAUAUGGUUUCAUAUUUUAAUAUUUUUAUAUUUUUUGAUACAUUGGCGUACUUGUGAUAUAUAUGUUUUUUUGGAGAGCUUAUGCAAAAAUAGUAAAUUGAGGCCAUGAUUAGAUGAUACAAAAAACUAAAUGAGUGCUUGAAUCUCAAAAGCUAAUUUAUUAUAUUUCGACUCUUUAUUCUUAGAGAUAUGUAGAAUAUCUUAGUGUGACUGAGUAGGAGAAGAAAUUGAUCUCCUUCAAUGGAUUAACCAGCCACGAGCACCGACAUUCUGCAAUGACAUUCUUAGCGCGAGCGACACCAUGGUCAUCACAGCUGCAAACAGUAACUGUCCAAGAAGAACGUAAAGAAUAUAGAAUUCUAUGGAAUGUAUAGAAUGUUUAUUGAAGUAAUGUGAUGUAUAGCUGUGUUCUAUGCUGUGUUUUGUGAUAUAAUCUGGUUCUCUGGACAAUACCUUUGGGAAUUCAUUUUCCAACCAUUGUGUUAUGUGCAUUGACGUAACACGGACCCGUACAGAGUUUCUCUGUCUAUACAAGUACGUACUAAUGUAUGUGAUAUAUAUGUUCAUUGUAAUUGUUUAUAUGUUUUGUUAAGUGUAUAUAUGAAUUAUAGUUAUAUUUAUGCUCAGGGUUUCAAUGUAUUACAAUGUAUUGAUGAUAUUGCAGUCGAUGGCGUUUUGGAGAUGGCUCCAUAGCUGUAACUAUGACUGGCAUUAUCCAGCAGGCACAAUGCAUGCUUUUACAGUUUAAAUACAGAGACAUAAACGCUGGAGGAUUUCAAGACAGUUCCAGGAUUCUCAAUAAAGAUCAACAGAAGGAAGGUCUGACGUCAGCUGUUCCAGGUCUCCAAAACCGAUUUCAUCUGCGUCUGUCUGUCCAUUCUUCCGCAUUAGUUGACUUCUUGUUAGGAUUUGCUUUGUGACCUGUGUGUUUUUGGGGGUGCUCUGCAAGGUCGCCAAUUAAUUGUUACAUCUGAGGAUUACUCGGACUCUGCAUGAAAUGCCAACAAAAACCUUCAGUAGAUUCCUACAACUGGCAGGAUUUAGAAAUACGUUACUUGUUGUAGAGUGUGCAGACAAAUAGAACAUUAUAGAAAGUUUAGUUGAUUUCAACGCCUGUUCAAAAAUAUUUGUAUUAACCAAUUAAUAUGUCAAUUAACAGAUUUACUAACACAGAUUAUUUUUAUAAGUGUGAUAUACUCAUAAACACUAUGCAGUGCUGUGAGUUUUAGUUCUGUGGAGCUCUGUGAUACACUCAUACAGGACAUGCUGUGAGUUUUAUUACUAUGGAGCUUUUUUUAUUGUUAUUAUCAAUGUAUAAUCUGUCACUGACGUUUGAAAAGUCUGAGGAAGGUGAUUAAUCAUAGGCUGAGAUUGUUCGUUUUAUUAUUCCUCAUCACUUUAAAGGGACACAAUAGUGUCCCAAAUACAAACAUGUAUCUCUGGCACCAUAGAUCUAAAUAGAUGUUAGUCCCUCCCCCCACGCCCUACUUACAUCCAGUUAAAGGGCGAUUUACUCACCUUUUUCCAGCCUGCACAAGUAUUUAUAUUAAAAUGCCUGCAGUGACAGGCUGUGUAAACCAGAACAACUACAUUAAGCUGUUUACUAUACAUUAAGCUGUAGUUGUUCUGGUGAUUAUAAUGUCCAUUUAAUAAACAUUUACAGGUAUAGACGAUUUUCACAGAAAAUUGACCUGCCAGAUAAUCAUUCCCAUGUUUGGCCAGUCACAGUAUAACAGUGUUACAAAAGUGACAAUAAUUUAGGGUUUGGCUGCUGACUACAGAGAGCACAUCAGAUCCUGGAGGAUUAGAAUGUGAAUAAUAGCUCAAUGAUGAUCAGUGGUCGUUUUCAGAAUACGACCAUGGGAUCUAUUUCAGUUAUCUUUUGUAUAUAACUGCAGCCAGGCCCGGACUGGCCAUCGGGCACACCGGGCAAAUGCCCGGUGGGCCGCGAUGGCCGUGGGGCCGAGGCCGGCAGGGGAGAUCACAGGAUCUCCCCUGCCAGCCCGUGCAGGGCCAGCGCUACCCGAGCGCCGGCCCCGCUGUGUGCCUCCAUGGGCCGGUGGGGAGAUCAAAGAUCUCCCUUUACCGGCCCAGAGACACUUCCAGGCGGCCGCUUGCUGGGGUUUGAGGGAGGGAGGAGAGGACCGGCGGAGCUCUAUCCAGCAGCUCCGCUGGGUCCUCUCGCGGGAUUCUGAGCGUUGCCGCGGUUACCGCGGCAACGCUCAGAUCUCGCGAGAGUGAACUCUAACCUACAGGCUAGAGUUCACGCUCACCACUAGGACCACCAGGGAUCAGGCAGCAUGGCUCUCCCAUGGCAGAACGGCUCCCCCCCGUCCCAGGCAAAACGGCCCCCCCCCUCCCAGGCUAAAGGUAAGAAGGGAGGGGGGGGAUAUAACUUUUUUUUAAAAUUAUUAUUAUUAAUUUAAAAAAAUUAAAAUAAUUUAAAUUAAAAAAAAAUCACACUCACACACAUCACCCCCAGACACACACACAGCACCCAGACACACACACAGCACCCCCAGACACACACAUCACCCCCAGACAUACACAGCACCCCCACACAGCACCCAGACACACACAGCACCCCCAGACACACACAGUACCCAGACACACACAGCACCCCCAGACACACACAGCACCCCCAGACACACACAGCACCCACAGACACACACAACACCCCCAGACACACAGCACCCCCAGAAACACACACAGCGCACCCAGACACACACAGCGCACUCAGGCACACAGCACCCUCACUCACACACAGCACCCUCACUCACACACAGCACCCUCGCUCACACACACACACACAUAUAUAUAUAUAUAUAUAUAUAUAUAUAUAUAUAUAUAUAUAUAUAUAUUUACAGAUAGAUAGAUAUAUAUAUAUAUAAAAUAACCCUCAGUGAAUUAACAGACAAAGAAAAUUAGAAUGUGACAGAUAAAAACACCCUCACACACAGCACCCCUCUUACAUACACACACACUGCGCCCCUCACACAUACAAUACGUCCAAAUAUAUAUAUGUAUGUGUGUAUAUAUAUAUAUAUAUAUAUAUAUAUACACACACACACACACACACACACUACAGCACUACAUACAUUACGCUCCAGAUACACGCUAGAUCCCUUACCUUAUAUGCACUCUUAAUCCUCUAUACACACACACUCACACACACACACACAAUCUCCUAUACACACUCUGGGUCCUUUACACACUAGAUCUCCUACACACACACUGCACCACCUACACACACACUACAUUCCUUGUCAGCAAACACAUACAACAUUCUCUAAACACACCCUCUCUACAACCCCUACACACACACUACGUCACCUAUAUACACACACUACAGCCCGUAUGCACACAUUCGCUACAUCCCCUAUAACACUAUGCCACCUAUACACACACUCUCUACAGCCCCUAGCCACACAUAUUACACCACAAACACAUAUGAAAUUGACCUAUUUACACAAUACCACACCACACUCUACACACACGCAAUCCCACAAGCAGGCUCCAAACACAUGCACCAUACACUUUCCUGGCCCUUUUGUCCUCUGGUAUCCCACUUGUUGAGACACCAGAGACAAUUUAAAAGCAAACACAGCGCAAGCAUGUUAUUAAAUUUGCUUGCGCUGCGCAGAACAAAUACAGGGCCUUUUUCUAAUGCCAGAGCUCUUCAGCGCAGCUCUGCGCAUUGAACCAACAUGCUCACUUUGAGAGGAGGCGUGCUUGUCAUUAGUGAUGACAAAACACACCCUCUCUGGCCCCGCCCCCUUCUUAGGGGGCCGCUCUGAUUGAAAAAUGCCCGGGCCUAAUUUUUUCCCCAGUCCGGCCCUGACUGCAGCUGCUCAGUUAAAAAGGUCUGUUUCUCAAAUCCAUCAAUUUGGACACGUUACGUUCACCCUUUCACUAUGCACUUUAAAUAAUGUUUUGAGUUUUUAUGUAAAAUAGAUUAUUAUAUGUAAAAUGCUGUGAAUGUAUAUUUUCUGUGAUACUCUGUAUGUUUUCCAAAAUGUAAUAAAUAAAUAUAUGAAAUAAAAACGACUUAUUUACAAUGUUUCAUUAGAUUAAAAGUUAACACUACGUCCACUAUAAGAUGCAGAGACAGGAAAAUCAACAGAUGGUACAGUAUAUUGUGGAGUAAUUCACCAAUCUAGAGUGUGUAGUAUGAUAGCUGUAGAGGGAUUAGUGCAGGUUGAAACAGGUUGCCAGUAUUUAACAAAUUUCAACUCGAGUCAUAAUAAAUUUCAACUAGAUUUCAACUAGACACAGAGCGCUAUCUAACAUGACCUGUGGUGGUGACCCUUCAUAGCAGGCAGUCACCGAGGGGUGUAGUGCUAGGCCUCUUGGUAGUACCGGUGACAACAGUACCGUCCCAUCCAUCUUCCUAAACCCCACCUUGGUGUUAGGGUUCAGAGGCAAUGGCCCAUGUUAGCAGCAGCUCAUAUGGAUCCCCCAGGUAAGCUAACCUCACCUAACCUUACCAUGUUUGGAAGUCACUCCCUGCAGUAGACAGCAGAGUUAAAUAUUAGUUCAUCCAUGGAAGGUAAUUCUUUCAUAGGUUGGAACCAGAGAUUAAGGGGUCUCAUGAUGGUUUGCUUCCAAUAGGGUGGGAUCAGGUUUUUAGCUACAUUAAGAUUUCGGUUUAUCAUGGAUUUUUACAUAAAUCAAUAACUUAAUAGUGUUAUGAUCAAGGAGCUUUUAGAUCUUUUCCCAGAAUGGACGGAUCAGGGUGCAGGUGCAAACCACAGAAAUGUGCCUCACAUUCCCUGAUACUGCCAUCAUUGGCUCCUGUUUGAGGAGUCUAUGGCGUGCAGAAGGCAUUAAGUUCUGUACCAGAGGAUCAGGACCUUGUAUGAUGACUCCUGAAACUUGUUUGCAAUAGCACAAUGUUUCUUUAGGUUGCAGAUUUUCUGCCAUUGUAUCUGGGUGCCUCAAAUCCUUUUAGAGAUCUUUAACUUGCAGCUACGUUUUCAUUAGCAUGAACCAGUGAAAAUACCAGUUGAAAUAACUUAUUCCAUGUAAAAUAUUUAGCUAGAAACUCCUCUCUGAUCCAACGCCACCAUGUCCUCAGCUUCGUGGAUGAUGUAUUUCUAUGACCCUCCACAUUUGGUCCACCCACUCUUGCUCUCCUUUCAUUUGUCUUUCUCGGGGGCACCUCACCAAGACCAAGCCAACAACUUGACACCAGCCACUCCGCUCUAGUUUUAGUUUUUUUUACCAAAAUGUGCAAUUCAAUGAUAAUUUCCCCCAAAUUUCCAGUUUCGCAAAUAACCCUGUCAAUGUCACAUAAAAAACCUGAAGGCAACACUCCAGGCCGGGACUCUUAGAACUACACAGAAACUGCCAAUCUCACAUAACAAAUGGUCACACAACAACAUCAACUAUAUCUAGGGCAGGAAGCAGCCUGGCCAAUCAGAAACCUCUCUUUCUAGUCUAUGGAGUGUAAACCUUUUAACAUUUUAACAUAUGAUUGCAAGGGUUAAAUAGUUCAGGUCGGAAGGACUAGCGCUCUGUGUACAGCUUUAAAGCAGAGUUUCAGCAGCGUUUAGUUAUGGCAUCAGUUCUGUACAACCAAGAGAUGAACGGCAACUACCAGAAAACAAACAGAGGAGACGUACGAUCCCAUAUAAACCUUCACUUUCAGUUCAAUUCAUUAUUAUUCAGCACCUCGAAUGUAGCUGCUAAUCCCUGAAAAACCACAAUGCCAAUAAAAUAUAGUACAAAGGCAACAGAUUACAAUAAAUUGAAAGAACUGGUCGGUCAGGUCUGCAAAAAGUAUAAAGUAACUUAGCAGUUCACCGUUUCUCACCAAGGGGGAGGGAGCUCUAAUGUUUCUAUUACUUAUAGCGAUGUAUUGGUGAUAUUGACCUAUAGAUUCGGCUAUAGUCUGACACACACUCGCACCGGUGACUGGUUGUAGUGAACACAUUCAUUUUCAUUAUAGAGAUAUUGAUGUAUCGCCUGUUUUUUUAAUUAAAGGACCACUCUAGGCACCUAGACUACUUCAGCUUAAUGAAGUGGUCUGGGUGCCUGGUCCAGCUAGGGUUAACUCAUUUUUUUAUAAACAUAGCAGUUUCAGUGACAGCCGCUAGAGGCACUUGCGUGAUUCUCACUGUGAAAAUCACAGUGAGAGCACACAAGCGUCCAUAGGAAAGCAUUGAUAAUGCUUUCCUAUGCGACCGGCUGAAUGCGCGCAGCUCUUGCCGGGCGUGCGCAUUCAGCCGACGGGGAGGAACGGAGGAGGAUCGGAGGCAGAGAGCUCCCCGCCCAGCGCUGGAGCUCUCUGCCUCCGAUCCUCCUCCUUUCCAGAGCCGGGCGGGAGGAGGUCCCUGAGGGUGGGGGCACCCUCAGGGCACUAUAGUGCCAGGAAAACGAGCAUGUUUUCCUGGCACUAUAGUGGUCCUUUAAUUGGAUUAAAGUGAAGUUUUAUACGGAAUUGGAAGCCUUCUCUCUUUGCUUUUCUGACAAAUGCCUGUAGGGGGUUACAAUAGAACAGGUGUACUGUGUCAAUAUAGGGCACUUAAAGAGAUAGUUCAGAAAUAAUUACAAUAUGCAGCUCAACACACUUGCAAGUACCUCUAACUUAACACAAAAUCAUGCAGAACAAAUUGGGGAGUGUUAUUUGAGUGGAAAGAUAAACCACAUUAAAAUAUACCCAGUGGAGCGCUGAUAUUAUACACUUACCCUUAAAUAAGGGAACAUAAAAUAUACCAAAUGUCUAAAAAAGGGAAAAAAUAGACAAAAUCUGGUGUAGUAUAUCUAGGCAGCUAAAUGUAUUUUAUACAGCGCUCCACUGGGUAUAUUUUGAUGUGGUUUUUCUUUCCACUCAAAUAACACUCCCCAAUUUGUCCUGUAGGGGCUUACCCUAUCCUAAAGCAUCACCCCCUUUUUUAAUUCUCACACUAGGAUCAUGUUUAGUAACAGUAACGGCCAGAAAGUUCUGCUGUGUUUUUUGCUUGUCCCUGGACAGGUCAGGUUAGGAGAGACGGACAGGAGAGAGCUGUACCCACGAACAAGCAAGAAGGACGUAUUUAAGAAUGAUGGGGGUAGAACACAUAGAGUAAUCAAGGUAAACAGGCAGAAUGCCGUAAAACACGCAGCUAGUGGUUUAGGUCAAAAUCUAUAAAAUAGGUUGGUGACAGCAGAGUCCCGAAUCUCCGUCCUACUGGGUGCAUCCGCCAUAACCAAAGAUCAGAUUAUGUUCCAUGCUAAUAAGUAAUAAAGCCCUUAAGCAGAAUGUGCCGUGAUCACAGAGGGGGGAGAACAAAGGGCGCCUUAAUGGACAAUGGAAACCCAAUAAUAAUGAUUUUAUUUAUUAAAUGCUCAUAUUGUCUGCAUUUAUUCCACCUUUUGCAAUUUACACAAAUAUUGCAAUAAAUGACAUAUACAUUACUGACAGUGUUAAUCAAUAUGAUGGAUAUUUACUUUAUUAAAGUGAUCAUUCCAAGUGAAUUUAAAGGGACAAUAGAGCGUUAGGAAUGCAAACCUGUAACGAUAUAGGAUCCCUGCUCCCGCGUGUGCAAUAAAAAUGAAUAAAACAAACGUUUUACUUUCCUUUUUCAAGCUCCAAAGCUCCAUCAGUGCUGUUUACCUCCCUGCCUCCCACAACAUGGCCUCCUCGCGACGGUCCCACUUGUAUUGCAUUCAAUGAUUUCCUAUGGGCUUGAGCAUCAUGUAAUCAGGUAUUAGUCGGUCAGCGCAGCUGAAGCGCCUCUAGUGGCUGUCAGGAAGACGUGCAAUUCUCCGGACAGCACAGCUCUCUAACUUUCAAUAUGUGCAUUUUAGCAGCUACAUAGUAUACACAGAGUAUGAUCCAGCUUCUGCAAUCAUCUCUCUCAGAGCCAAUGUUAAUAACGGAAAGAAUAAGAAAAUACUAUAAUUAUAUUAUAAGUAUAUAAUAUAAUUAUAUUAUAAUAUUAUAAUUCAGCGGGAGAAUGGCUUGUCCAAACAUAGCAGCAACAGCCACGGGGUCAAAUCUUGUGUCCCCACACCUGGCAUUGAAGGGUUAAUUCAUACUUCCCAAGUGUUCCUAUUUAGGAGGACAGGCUCUACUUUUUCACCCAAAUUCCUCUGUCCUAUUGUAUGCCCUAAUGUCCCUCUUUUCUAGAGGCUCCAUAUUGUUGGUGUGUCUGAGUGUAUAACAGAGCUCCACAGCAAUAAUACUCCCAGUAAUGUGUCUGAGUGUAUAACAGAGCUCCACAGCAAUACUACUCCCAGUAAUGAGUCUGGGUGUAUAACAGAGCUCCACAGCAAUAAUACUCCCAGUAAUGUGUCUGAGUGUAUAACAGAGCUCCACAGCAAUAAUACUCCCAGUAAUGUGUCUGAGUGUAUAACAGAGCUCCGCAGUAAUAACACUCCCAGUAAUGUGUCUGAGUGUAUAACAGAGCUCCGCAGCAAUAAUACUCCCAGUAAUGUGUCUGAGUGUAUAACAGAGCUCCACAGCAAUAACACUCCCAGUAAUGUGUCUGAGUGUAUAACAGAGCUCCACAGUAAUAACACUCCCAGUAAUGUGUCUGAGUGUAUAACAGAGCUCCGCAGUAAUAACACUCCCAGUAAUGUGUCUGAGUGUAUAACAGAGCUCCACAGCAAUAAUACUCCCAGUAAUGUGUAUGAGUGUAUAACAGAGCUCCACAGCAAUAAUACUCCCAGUAAUGUGUCUGAGUGUAUAACAGAGCUCCACAGCAAUAAUACUCCCAGUAAUGUGUCUGAGUGUAUAACAGAGCUCCACAGUAAUAAUACUCCCAGUAAUGUGUCUGAGUGUAUACCAGAGCUCCACAGCAAUUAUACUCCAAGUAAUGUGUCUGAGUGUAUAACAGAGCUCCACAGUAAUAAUACUCCCAGUAAUGUGAGUGUAUAACAGACCUCCACAGCAAUAAUACUCCAAGUAAUGUGUCUGAGUGUAUAACAGAGCUCCACAGCGAUAAUACUCCCAGUUAUGUGUCUGAGUGUAUAACAGAGCUCCACAGCAAUAAUACUCCCAGUAAUGUGAUUGUAUAACAGAGCUCCACAGCGAUAAUACUCCCAGUAAUGUGAGUGUAUAACAGAGCUCCACAGCGAUAAUACUCCCAGUAAUGUGAGUGUAUAACAGAACUCCACAGCAAUAAUACUCCCAGUAAUGUGUCGGAGUGUAUAACAGAGUUCCACAGCAAUAACACUCCCAGUAAUGUCUGAGUGUAUAACAGAGCUCCACAGCUAUAAUACUCCCAGUAAUGUGUCUGAGUGUAUAACAGAGCUCCACAGCAAUAAUACUUCCAGUAAUAUGUCUGAGUGUAUAACAGAGCUCCACAGCAAUAAUACUCCCAGUAAUGUGUCUGAGUGUAUAACAGAGCUCCACAGCAAUAAUACUCCCAGUAAUGUGUCUGAGUGUAUAACAGAGCUCCACAGCAAUAAUACUCCCAGUAAUGUGUCUGAGUGUAUAACAGAGCUCCACAGCAAUAAUACUCCCAGUAAUGUGUCUGAGUGUAUAACAGAGCUCCACAGCAAUAAUACUCCCAGUAAUGUGUCUGAGUGUAUAACAGAGCUCCACAGCAAUAAUACUCCCAGUAAUGUGUCUGAGUGUAUAACAGAGCUCCACAGCAAUAAUACUCCCAGUAAUGUGUCUGAGUGUAUAACAGAGCUCCACAGCAAUAAUUCUCCCAGUAAUGUGUCUUUAAACUACAAUAAAUGUGUUUAGAAAUCAGUCUGUGUAAAUAAGAUACAUUGUUCUUCUAAAUUGAAUUUUAGUUGCAUAAAUCAUUAUUAGUGAUCAAAAAACUCUAAGAACAGCUCUGCCCCUGGCCACACCCCUACUCACACUCAGAACAGCCUCCCACACCUCCACUCACACUCAGAACAGCCCCCACACCUCCACUAACACCCCGAACAGCCCGUCACAUCCCCACUCACACUCAGAACAGCCCCCCACACCUCCACUCACACCCAGAACAUCCCUUCACGUCCCCACUCACACUCAGAGCAGCCCUCCAAACAUACAUUCACACUCAGAACAGCCUUGCUCCUGGCCACACCUCCACUCACACCCAGAACAGCCCCCACACCUCCACUCACACCCAGAACAGCCCUUCACAUCCCCAUUCACACUCAGAACAGCCCACCACACCUCAAAUCACACUCAAACAGUCCCCAACAACCCCACUCACACCCUUUAAAUUAAAGCGUCCUCUUUGUGCUUUUGAAAUAUUGGGAGGUAUGGGUUAACUGGAUAUGCAAAUAAAUAAUAACACCUGCUUCCUCACACUUAGCCUUGUUUUAUUUAGACAAAAAAAACUUAAACUCUGUAAGUAUCGAGUAUAGCCAGAAACACGAGGAAGAGAAUUCAAUUUCAUAGAAUGUACAAAUAGCAGUUAUUUACCCCAAAUCGUGAAUGUUAGGGGGUUUUCCCUAAAUAAGCCGUACCUCCACUGAAAUUCCCCUUUCUGUGCAAGUUGCAAAGCUUACGGAAAUUCCUCCCAGAUCAAAUUUCAAAAGGUAAAACUGUAUAAAUAGCUCUAUGCAUUGUAUUCUUCCGUAUACUACAGUCAGACACAACCAGCUCGCUCUGUGAUAAUACAAUCUGCUGCAGGAUUCCACAGUCUAAUGUAAGUAAAGGUGACGGGCUAUUAUUUACUAAACACAGCUAUUACAGCCUCCGUUCUGCAACUUGUCCUUCGGUUCACUGUGAAUUUGGGUUUUGUGAAUGAAUCAACUUUAUGAUGAAUAUUGAUCUGCAUUUAUUCAGCUCAGCAGGCUAAACUAGCAGAGAUAGAAGACAAUUCAGAUGAAUCUGAGCAGUUCCAAAUCUAGACAUUUUAUUGGCUGCGGAGAUACACGGGAAUACUCCUUAAAUUGCGAUUAUUGAAAAGCCAAAGUUAUUAUUUCCACUUGCCGGUCACUCAGAUUAAAAGCCCUUCGUAUCAGUCAGUAGAGUGUUUAUGGCAAGUAGACGAUGCGUUGAAAGGUGUAACUUUCAGAGCUCGGACGCUCCGGUUAAAUGAUGUUUUUUGCUUUCACCGCCUGUAUUAUCAUGUCUUUAAACAUUAUCUGAGUGAACAAACCUGAACGGCCAGCUUGACUUCCACUUCGUACCUGUAGCUCACAUGCUCCGCUGAGAGCCUUGUUCUCAGCUCUUAAACAAACCGACUGCUGGCAGUGUUCUCAGUGACGCUCUUUUUGAGUUUUUUUUUUAAUGUUGUUAUGCUACUCUUUAUUUAAUAUUUAUUUGUUAAUUAAUAUGUUGUCAGUAUAUUAACACCUCCAGCAGGUCCGUCUCUUGUAAAGCUAGUUAAGAUUUUUCAUUUUGCUUGGUUCCCCUUUUUUGCCCUGUUUCAUUUUUCUUCACAUAUUUACAAAAAUGUUAAAAUAAAGAAUGUUGCUAAAAACACCCAACGUGAUAUACUAAGAGAUCUGAGGCACGUUCAGUUGUAAGAAUACACCGUCUACAGACUUCUGUCUAUCGUUCUAUAUCAUCACUUAAAAUUAUUAAUCAUUCUUCUAACAUUACCCUAAUAUCGAACCUGACAUAAAUAUUAAACAUUCUCUGUGUUUUAAACUGAAGAUAAACAAGUUCUAAUGAAUACAAAAAAAAUCACAGAAGAGAUCAGACAUGCAUUUCUCCAAUAUUAUCAGUCAAAACUCCAAUAUCUCAAUUAGAACUCCAAUACUAUCAAUCAGUACUCCAAUACUAUCAAUCAGUACUCCAAUACUAUCAAUCAGUACUCCAAUAGUAUCAAUUAGAACUCCAAUACUAUCAAUUAGAACUCCAAUACUAUCAAUCAGUACUCCAAUACUAUUGAUCAAUAAUCCAAUAUUAUCAAUAAAUACUCCAAAACUGUCAAUUAAUACUGCAAUACUUUGAAUUUAUACUCCAAUACUGUCAAUCAAUUCUGCAAUACUAUCAAUCAGUACUCCAAUACUGCCUAUCAAUACUCCAAUACUAUCAAUCUCCCCCUCAGCCUUAUAUUUCCGCCUUAUUAGAUGGCCUUACUCUCCCUGUCUGGUCUUGCGAAGCCCACAAAUUCCUUUCUGACAAGAUUAUUAAUUAGGGGGUUCAAUGGAUUUAAAGCCCAGGCCCUUCUGGCUUCACUAAUUUUGUUAUUGCAAAGAAUUUGAGAAGAUUCGGACACCAUUCUGUGUAAGAUAUUUAUUAGGUUUCCUCGCGAAGGUCGGCUUCUACCAAUAUGUUUCCACUAAAUGUUUCUUGGUGCCAAAAUGUGGAAUAUUGCACGGUCUUUGUUUCUAUUGAUUAUGAAUGGAUGUCUGGAUUGACAUAAGUAACAGAUGGUAUUAAUAAGUCACAAGGCUUUCUUUGUCAGAGAACUCUGGAAUGUGGAUUGGGGGUCUUGUCCUUAUAUGGCUCGGGUUAUACCCUGACGUCAUUAUGGUAAUAUCUAUAUAGAAUAGGGGAUAAAGGACCACGAGGCCUUGCAGUUGCUUGUUCUUCUCGUCCGGCUGUCUAACUAUGCAGAGACUAACUCUCCCUUCAAGAGUCCAGCAAUUACCACCUGCUGUUGAACAUCCAUUAUCCUGUAACAUCCAUUCCGUAUUAGUAUUAUUGGUUAAUAUAGACGUAUAUUUACAUGGCGAGCCUUUUACCCAAGAAGAAAUAUACAUAAAAGACUUAUUUCAAUCAACGUGGAAAAAUACACAGAAGAAAUGAAAUGUAUUACACAAAGCCUGUUAUAGACCAUCUAGGCCCAACCUCCCAUUGUUGGUGUACCCGGGUCAAUGCCCAGAGUGAACACAAAGAUUAUUACGGUCACUUGUGAGAGGUGUCAAGAUUAGCCAUCAUGAGUGAUUCUAGAACUAGUCAAUGGAUUUAUAAUUAUUACUAUCAUGUCUUUCUUUACUUUGCAAAAACGAAAGUGCUCCUGAAUCGUCCGAAUAAAAAGUUGUGAUUUCUUUUCUGUUAAUGUGAUACAGCUCGAUUGUGUUUUCUGUGUACUGUAACGCUGAAAUGGUAAAUGUUUUUUUUUUUGUAGUAGCCUGAAAAUGACUUCAAGAAGGCGUAGUUCAAGUACAGGUACGUGCUAUAAUUAAUAAAAAAUAAUUUAUGGUAACAUUAAUAUUUUCUCAUAAUACAAAAAUACUCGAUAAUAGACAAUAAUAAUCAAUAAUACCCAAUGUCUAAUUAGGGAAAAAGUCCCACUAUAGGUAUUUUUAGUCACUUGAGGUUUUUAUUAGGAAGUUCCAGCCCUGAAAGGGUUAAACACCACAAAUCCUCCUUUGAAUACUCCAGCACCAGAUAGGUUAAACACAGAAAAAGUACUGAACAGGUUAAAAAAUAAUUCCUCCUUUAGAGGUUCCUGCACGCGAUGGGUUAAAUACCAGAAUUCAGUGUCUGCAAAUACAAAGAAUCCCAGUUGAAUACACACAUUGCGCCUCCAGUAAUCUGUGCGACUAAAAUAAGAGGGACUCCACGUGCUAGCGACAGAGGUUUGUGGAAGUAAGGAAGGACAGACGGAUCCCAGUGAAUGGGAGAUUUGGUUUGUGUCGAUUACUAACCGACUGUGAGCCUGCGCGUUUUAUGUAUAUUUCUUCAAUAAAGGGAUUUGUAUACAUCGAUGUCACGAUCUGUAUCCUGCGGCUGCUUACAGUCCCUGAAUAAGAUGAGCGUUGGCACUCACCACAUUAUUAUAUAUUACGCAAUUGGAGUCUCUCUGAUUUUACUGGAGGUGCGAUAUAUGUAUUGAUACACAUGAUUUACAUGAGGGGCAUUAUAUGGGCCCCCAAAUAAAGUGAUAGCACUACUUAGAGGGGUUAAUGUCAGUGCUCUUAUACCAGGUUAUAAUGUGCAACUGGGAUUCUUUGUAUUUUCAGACACUGGCUUCUGGCAUUUAACCCAUCGUGUGCUGGAACCUCCAAAGGAGGAAUUUUUUUUUAAUCCUUUCAGUAUUUUUUCCUGUGGUUAACCCAUCUGGUGCUGGAGCGUGCAAAGAAGGAUUUGUGGUGUUUAACCCUUUCAGUGCUGGAACUUCCUUAUAAAAACAUCAAGUGACUAGAAACACCUAUAUUGGGACUUUUCCCCCUAAUUAGACAUGGGGUAUUAUUGAUUAUUAACUAUCGAAUAUUAUUGAUAUAUGAGAAAGUAUUAACGUUACUGUAAUAAUUUGCGCUAACUCUUCUACACUGUAUGAUGUGUGUGGUGAACUUUGACAGGACAAGAGGGCAGCUGCUAUCUACAUAUAUAAUAAGUUAUUUCCUAAAGGGUUAUAUUAGAUAGUGUCACUCUAAGUGUCAGGUUAGAGUAAAUCAUUUAAUUUAGAUGAUUGGCCACUGUUUUUUUCUUGCAUACAACUAUUUCCCUAACGAUAGGUACAUGAUAAUGGAGAUUUGUAUCCAGUGUUUUUCAUAGCAAAGUUACAUGCAGGGAGUUUAACAUCAUGGGCUUGCCUUCCUGGUAGCAUUAGCCGAAUGGUAAUUGGCCCCCUGUCUGGGUGACUGGAUUGAAAGUUACCCGGGAGCAAAACAAACUUAAUGUGAAUAAAGUUUCAGAAAAGGGCUAAAAUAUAUCAUGUAUGAGCUAAUUCUCUAGAGGUGAGUGUUUAGACCACCAGCGAAAAAAAUACCUGUUCCCUGCCCUCGAAGGAUAACAUAUUUGAUAUGUUCUCAUUUUCCAUUUUCAGAUGCAGAAGUGCUAAAGAGGGGUUUGCUGACUAAGUCUCCUGGUUUGCGCAUGUUUCGUAAUCUGGUAAUGUCCCUUGCCAAACUGUCAAUUCUACAUUUGAUAUCAUUUGUAAGGACAAACUUACCGUAUUGUGUUACUUUGUGGCGUAGUAAACAUCGUAAAAAGUUUUAAUCAAACCUUCGCUUUUACGGGUCACUGACCCUGAUCUCAAAUCUAACUUUAUUCAAGAAUCCAGCUAAAAUAUUACUUUAACAUCCAAUGGCCUUAUUUCUUUUUUUCCCCAUAGUUUUUCAUGCUUUCUAUCAAAUAAAAACCUUAGUAAGUAAAAUGUAAAAAGUAAAAUGUACAAAAAAACUAAAACUAUUAAAUUUCAUAGCAAUUUAUUUUACGUUUACUGACCUAGUAGAAAGCUUGAAAAUAAUGUGUUCAUUUGAAUAUUUUAUUUUGUUUCUGUAGUCGUCAUGGAAAUCCCGGAUCUUCAAACUGUGUAAAACAUUGGAUAAUAAAUACCUUCUAAACUACUACGUUUCCAAUGCUUCAGAUAAGGAAAAAGGAUGUAUUAACCUUUCUGAGUAUGUAUCAGUUCUAUACUAUAAGUCGUUUAUUGCAUCCUGUUAUAUCAGCAAUGUACAAUCAACUCUAUACUUAGAAAAGUCAUUAUUUUAAACUUUAACCCCUUAAGGACCAAACUUCUGGAAUAAAAAGGGAAUCAUGACAUGUCACACAUGUCAUGUGUCCUUAAGGGGUUAAAAGCAUUACGGUUUUAAAUAGGGAUAAUAGGUAAAGACCCGAGAAAUGUUUGGAAGGUUGCUAACAGUUUAAAUAGUAGGAUCAGGGAGCAGCGCCUGUGAUGGAAUUCCCAUGCUCAGAGACAUAUGGAGGAGGGAAGGAAGAAGACACGGAUAUAGUGUAGUAUGUUAGGAUCUUAAUAUAACAUACUACACUAUAUCCGUGUCUUCUUCCUUCCCUCCUCCAUAUGUCUCUGAGCAUGGGAAUUCCAUCACAGGCGCUGCUCCCUGAUCCUACUAUUUACACCCAUCGUACCACCAGAAAAGAAGAGACUCUGGUUUUUGGGAAGUUUCAGCAGCCACAUACUAUAAUUAUAAGUACUGAUAUUCCACCUACCUCUCUAUUCAAGUUGUUAAGAGUGUUCGAAAGACCAACUUCACAAAUCAUUCUGUGGUUCCUUACAGUUCUACUGCAUGAACCGGUUGAUCCUUAUCUGACGCACAAUCUAUAUUCCCGUAGAAUGUGUCUAUUUUCAGAAUUCUUGAGUAGCGUUGCAUAUUUUUUUUCGAUAUUAUGGUUUGAUAUUAUAUAUGAACAAUCUGUAAAUAGAAACCAUUACUCUGUGUUAGGGUAGAUAUAGCCCAGUCAAAAAUAAGAGUAAAUUCGCCAACUUGUUUCAAAGGUUUUAUCUACAGAAGCCACCAUUGAAGUCUAUGUGGAUUUUGGUAGAUAAAUCAUUUGAAAAGUUGUUCUAACAUGUGUGAUCCUAAAAAAAAACUUAUCGUUAAAUAUUAAAUUUAGGAUCACGUUGGUUUUAUAGAACCAGUGAUUUCUUCUCUCGUAUUAUUUGCUAAUUACAUGUACAUUCAUUUCUGUUUGUUCUGCAGAGUCAAAGCUGUUGAAAAAGGAUUACAUGUUUUGGAGAAGAUUAGGGUCGUUUUGGACAUGUUCAGAAACUUCGAGGCAGAAAAUGUAAUAUAUAUAAAGUACGGAAAACGUGAUUUCUAUCUCAUUGAUGAAAACAAGUAAGUUAAACAUCAUUUUUAUGAAUAUAAUUUUCUUCAUCUGUGUCUUUGCUUAUUUACUGGCUGUUGGUCACAUAGUACAAUACUAGGAGUGAUUUUUAUAGAGAGAUUUUUGCAGAGUACAACUGUCAGUCUAAUCGUUUAGCAGUAAUAAUAAAUCGAAACAUUUAGCAGUAAUAAUAAUUCGAAACAUUUAGCAGUAAUAAUAAAUCGAAACAUUUAGCAGUAAUAAUGUUUCUCAUGGAAGAUGUGUAUGCUCGCCUUGUGUGCACGCUCAGAUCAGCAUAAACAUAACACAAUUUAAAAGCCAUUGUAAACACAAAACAAAACAAACUGUUUCUUACCAUUUUUAUAAAAUGUAUGCAAAUUUAUCAUCAAAAUCUUUAAUAUUUGACAUGAUCCCAAUGUAGCUGAAUAAAUAUGUGUGUCUGUUUUAAUGAAAUAUUACAGUAUGUACCAGUACCAAAUAUAAUAAUAACUAGUAAGAUGCUUAAUGUGAUAGUAACAAGUAAAAUAAUUUGCCUACACCUCUCAUCCCCCCUCCCCCCAAGGAGAGAGAUUGAAGAAUGGUUUCUUUGCAUUAGCCAGGCGUGGGCGGAGAUCAACGGAAGCACAGUAAGAUAUUUUAUAAUGUACUACUAACUGGUAGGAUAUUUUAUAAUGUGAUAGUAACUAGUAGGAUAUUUUAUAAUGUACUACUAACUAGUAGGAUAUUUUAUAAUGUACUACUAACUAGUAAGAAAUUUUAUAAUGUGAUACUAACUAGUAGGAUAUUUUAUAAUGUACUACUAACUAGUAAGAAAUUUUAUAAUGUGAUACUAACUAGUAAGAUAUUUUAUAAUGUGAUACUAACUAGUAGGAUAUUUUAUAAUGUACUACUAACUGGUAGGAUAUUUUAUAAUGUGAUACUAACUGGUAGGAUAUUUUAUAAUGUACUACUAACUGGUAGGAUAUUUUAUAAUGUACUACUAACUGGUAGGAUAUUUUAUAAUGUACUACUAACUAGUAGGAUAUUUUAUAAUGCACUACUAACUAGUAGGAUAUUUUAUAAUGUGAUACUAACUAGUAGGAUAUUUUAUAAUGUACUACUAACUAGUAAGAAAUUUUAUAAUGUGAUACUAACUAGUAAGAUAUUUUAUAAUGUGAUACUAACUAGUAAGAUAUUUUAUAAUGUGAUACUAACUAGUAGGAUAUUUUAUAAUGUACUACUAACUAGUAGGAUAUUUUAUAAUGUACUACUAACUAGUAAGAAAUUUUAUAAUGUGAUACUAACUAGUAGGAUAUUUUAUAAUGUACUACUAACUAGUAAGAAAUUUUAUAAUGUGAUACUAACUAGUAAGAUAUUUUAUAAUGUGAUACUAACUAGUAGGAUAUUUUAUAAUGUACUACUAACUGGUAGGAUAUUUUAUAAUGUGAUACUAACUGGUAGGAUAUUUUAUAAUGUACUACUAACUGGUAGGAUAUUUUAUAAUGUACUACUAACUGGUAGGAUAUUUUAUAAUGUACUACUAACUGGUAGGAUAUUUUAUAAUGUGAUACUAACUAGUAGGAUAUUUUAUAAUGUACUACUAACUAGUAGGAUAUUUUAUAAUGCACUACUAACUAGUAGGAUAUUUUAUAAUGUGAUACUAACUAGUAGGAUAUUUUAUAAUGUACUACUAACUAGUAAGAAAUUUUAUAAUGUGAUACUAACUAGUAAGAUAUUUUAUAAUGUGAUACUAACUAGUAGGAUAUAUUUUAAUGUACUACUAACUAGUAGGAUAUUUUAUAAUGUGAUACUAACUAGUAGGAUAUAUUAUUUAUAUUUUACUAGUAGGAUAUUUUCUAAUAUGAUACUAGCUAGUAGGAUAUUUUAUAAUGUACUACUAACUAGUAGGAUAUUUUAUAAUGUGAUACUAACUAGUAGGAUAUAUUUUAAUAUACUAUUCACUAGUAGGAUAUUUUAUGAUGUGAUACUAACUAGCAGGAUAUAUUUUAAUGUACUACUAACUAGUAGGAUAUUUUAUAAUGUACUACUAACUAGUAAGAAAUUUUAUAAUGUGAUACUAACUAGUAGGAUAUUUUAUAAUGUGAUACUAACUAGCAGGAUAUAUUUUAAUAUACUAUUCACUAGUAGGAUAUUUUAUGAUGUGAUACUAACUAGCAGGAUAUAUUUUAAUAUACUAUUCACUAGUAGGAUAUUUUAUGAUGUGAUACUAACUAGUAGGAUAUUUUAUAAUGUACUACUAACUGGUAGGAUAUUUUAUAAUGUGAUACUAACUGGUAGGAUAUUUUAUAAUGUGAUACUAACUAGUAGGAUAUUUUAUAAUGUACUACUAACUAGUAGGAUAUUUUAUAAUGCACUACUAACUAGUAGGAUAUUUUAUAAUGUGAUACUAACUAGUAGGAUAUUUUAUAAUGUACUACUAACUAGUAAGAAAUUUUAUAAUGUGAUACUAACUAGUAAGAUAUUUUAUAAUGUGAUACUAACUAGUAGGAUAUAUUUUAAUGUACUACUAACUAGUAGGAUAUUUUAUAAUGUGAUACUAACUAGUAGGAUAUAUUAUUUAUAUUUUACUAGUAGGAUAUUUUCUAAUAUGAUACUAGCUAGUAGGAUAUUUUAUAAUGUACUACUAACUAGUAGGAUAUUUUAUAAUGUGAUACUAACUAGUAGGAUAUAUUUUAAUAUACUAUUCACUAGUAGGAUAUUUUAUGAUGUGAUACUAACUAGCAGGAUAUAUUUUAAUGUACUACUAACUAGUAGGAUAUUUUAUAAUGUACUACUAACUAGUAAGAAAUUUUAUAAUGUGAUACUAACUAGUAGGAUAUUUUAUAAUGUGAUACUAACUAGCAGGAUAUAUUUUAAUAUACUAUUCACUAGUAGGAUAUUUUAUGAUGUGAUACUAACUAGCAGGAUAUAUUUUAAUAUACUAUUCACUAGUAGGAUAUUUUAUGAUGUAAUACUAACUAGUAGGAUAUUUUAUAAUGUACUACUAACUAGUAGGAUAUUUUAUAAUGUGAUACUAACUAGUAGGAUAUAUUUUAAUGUACUACUAACUAGUAGGAUAUUUUAUAAUGUGAUACUAACUAGUAGGAUAUAUUUUAAUAUACUAUUCACUAGUAGGAUAUUUUAUGAUGUGAUACUAACUAGCAGGAUAUAUUUUAAUGUACUACUCACUAGUAGGAUAUUUUAUAAUGUGAUAUUAACUAGUAGGAUAUUUUAUAAUGUACUACAAUUUACUAGUAGGAUAUUUUAUAAUGUGAUACUAACUAGUAGGAUAUUUUAUAAUGUACUACUAACUAGUAGGAUAUUUUGUAAUGUACUACAAUUUACUAGUAGGAUAUUUUAUAAUGUGAUACUAAUUAGUAAGAUAAUUUACAAUGUACUACUAACUAGCUAGCAAAGUAUUUUACAAUAUAAUAAUAACUAGUAAGAUGCUUAAUGUGAUAUUAACAAGUAAAAUAAUUUAUAUGGAGAUACUAAUUAGUACUAUGCUUUAUAACAUGAUACUAACUAGUAAGAUAUGUUAUAAUGGUUAAUGUAAUGCUAGUUGGUAUCACAUAUUACUAACUAGUAACUGGUCAAAUACUUAAUAACAUAACACUGACUGAUAACUAGUAAGAAAUAGUAAAAAGUAAUGCUAACCAGUAACUAUUAAAAUAUUGUAUAGAGAAAUACUGACUAGUAACUAGUUUUAAAUGUUAUGACAUAGUACUAAUUAUUAACAUACUGUAAAGUUACAUUAACUAGUUACUUGUAAAAUAUUGUAUAAAUAACACUAAGUAGUAACUAGUUAGAUAAUUUAUAAUACAAUACUAACUAGUAAUCAGUUAUAUCCUGUAUAGAUUAAUAUUAGCUAGUUACUAGUAAGAUAUUGUAUAAAGUAAUACUAACAAUUAAAUACUAAGAUGCUUAUCUUUACACAGAAUUUCAAAAGCCUUAUACGUCUUUUAUAUAAUUCUAUAUAUUACACAGUGCUGUAUUAUAUAUACAAUAUUAUACGUAAUGUGUAAUACAAAAUAACAUGAUAUAUAGUGAGUGAGUCAACUAUCAGCAACCCCUGUUAAUAAUGCAAUCCAUAUAGCAGAUGGCUUUGAUAACAGGCAUCCUAGCUCAGAUCUGACAUUAAAUUAUAUCAAAUAAUAUCGCACUAAGUGCAGUCAGGUAAUCUGAAUGGAACGUGCACAGAGAAGGGUUAAGGAACCUGAAGAUUUCAGACCAAUGUUGCGGUCCUUUUGUCUAUGCGAAUUGUAGUUUUUUAUUGGUGUCUGUGUAAAAAAACAAGCUAUGAUUAGUGCGUACUUAAUAUUAUUAAUUUUUACUUCCAGGAUAGAGAUGGACCUGCAAUUAUGAACCCAUUUCCUUACGGCUUGCCCCCAGUACCUUACGGCGUGCCUGAAACGGUAAGGAUCCCUUUAGCAAUCUUUAUUCUAGUCCGAGAACAUAGAUAGGAUGUUCCUCUGGGGGUCAAUGUUUAGAACAUGAGAACAUAGAUAGGAUGUUCCUCUGGGGUUCAAUGUUUAGAACAUGAGAGCAUAGAGAGGAUGUUCCUCUGGGGUUCAAUGUUUAGAUCAUGAGAAGAUAGAGAUAAUGUUUCCCUGGGGUUCAAUGUUUAGAACAUGAUAACAUAGAGAUGAUGUUCCUCUGGGGUUCAAUGUUUAGAAUAUAAGAGCAUAGGGAGGAUGUUCCCUGGGAUUCAAUGUUUAGUACAUGAGAACAUAGAAAGGAUAUUCCCCUGGGGUUCAAUGUUUCGAACAUGAGAACAUAGAGAGGAUGUUCCUCUGGGGUUCAAUGUUUAGAACAUGAGAACAUAGAGAGGAUGUUCCUCAGGGGUUCAAUGUUUAGAACAUGAGAACAUAGAGAGGAUGUUCCUCUGGGGUUUAAUGUUUAGAACAUGAGAACAUAGAGAGGAUGUUCCUCUGGGGUUUAAUGUUUAGAACAUGAGAACAUAGAGAGGAUGUUCCUCUGGGGUUCAAUGUUUAGAACAUGAGAACAUAGAUAGGAUGUUCCUCUGGGGUUUAAUGUUUAGAACAUGAGAACAUAGAGAGGAUGUUCCCCUGGGGUUUAAUGUUUAGAACAUGAGAACAUAGAGAGGAUGUUCCUCUGGGGUUUAAUGUUUAGAACAUGAGAACAUAGAUAGGAUGUUCCUCUGGGGUUUAAUGUUUAGAACAUGAGAACAUAGAGAGGAUGUUCCCCUGGGGUUCAAUGUUUAGAACAUGAGAACAUAGAGAGGAUGUUCCUCUGGGGUUCAUUGUUUAGAACAUGAGAACAUAGAGAGGAUGUUCCUCUGGGGUUUAAUGUUUAGAACAUGAGAACAUAGAGAGGAUGUUCCCCUGGGGUUUAAUGUUUAGAACAUGAGAACAUAGAGAGGAUGUUUCUCUGAGUUUCAAUGUUUAGAACAUGAGAACAUAGAGAGGAUGUUCCUCUGGGGUUCAAUGUUUAGAACAUGAGAACAUAGAGAGGAUGUUCCCCUGGGGUUUAAUGUUUAGAACAUGAGAACAUAGAGAGGAUGUUCCCCUGGGGUUUAAUGUUUAGAACAUGAGAACAUAGAGAGGAUGUUCCUCUGGGGUUCAAUGUUUAGAACAUGAGAACAUAGAGAGGAUGUUCCUCUGGGGUUUAAUGUUUAGAACAUGAGAACAUAGAGAGGAUGUUCCUCUGGGGUUCAAUGUUUAGAACAUGAGAACAUAGAGAGGAUGUCCCCCUUGGGUUUAAUGUUUAGAACAUGAGAACAUAGAGAGGAUGUCCCCCUUGGGUUUAAUGUUUAGAACAUGAGAACAUAGAGAGGAUGUUCCCCUGGGGUUUAAUGUUUAGAACAUGAGAACAUAGAGAGGAUGUUCCUCUGGGGUUCAAUGUUUAGAACAUGAGAACAUAGAGAGGAUGUUCCUCUGGGGUUUAAUGUUUAGAACAUGAGAACAUAGAGAGGAUGUUCCUCUGGGGUUCAAUGUUUAGAACAUGAGAACAUAGAGAGGAUGUUCCCCUUGGGUUUAAUGUUUAGAACAUGAGAACAUGUUGUUCUCCCGGGGUUCGAUGCCUGGAACUGUUGGGGUUCAGUGUUUGGAUCAUAAAUUGGAGCUGAAUUAAGUGAUGACUGACAAACUAUUGGGCAAGUGCAGAGAAACAUUCAUUCACAUUUAGCCCAGUUCCCAGUUUGAAAAAUAAAUAUUGAAGGUUUUGUAUAUGAAAUCUUACAGUUCUGUUAUGUUAGUAAUUCUGUUGGUACCAAUCUAUCUCUCAGUAAAAGAUGUGACCCUGUGCAUCACUUAUUCAACCUCACAAAAAAAAAGUUAACAUUUCUUUUGUAUCUGAUACAUUUAUUUUUCUCUCACAGGGUCCAAGGCCAAUGUCUUACCCUAAUAACCAUCCUCAGUCAGGACAUGUCAUGACUAAAGUAAGAUUUGUAAACCGUUUAUUUUAUAGUGUAGUGAGAGGCAUUUGUGUUUAAAGGUAGAAAAUGCACAAUGCAAAAUGCAAAACAUUUCACUCACAAGAGAGUCAUGACACUUUGUAACUGUGACCUUUGCUGUUUUUUGUCCAGACACUUGACAGACAAAGGUUUCACACAGAUCCAGGGAUGACCUACUUUCCCAGCAUGAAUGCGUGUGGGCAACAAUGCACUGGGACAACCACACUGCCAUUGGUGAGUCCUGUAUUUACCUAGGUAACCUAGUCGAUGCACUCAACAUUUAACAAAGGGCAGGCCGGCUCUGGUACUCCAGGUGUUGCAAACUGUGGGUUCUAUGCCAUUCAACAACACACAAGACAUUGGGAGAUUUACCCUGAGCUGCAUUUUUAGGGACAUUGUAGAAUAUGGCAUCAACUUUGGCCAACAGAGGUGGAGAUCUAGCAGCUUGCUCUUAGAAGCCACGAACUAGAACUAAAACUAGACCUUUAAUUUCCAAUUACAGUUGUCUGGUGAGAAUCUAAGCUUUAAAUUCCAUUGGAAGAGUUACAGUCUUUGUUCCUGGGGGGGGAUUGUUUUUUUCCCUCCCCAUUUAGCCAUUGGCAAGCAGCAAUUCUGGGGCUGGGCCGGUGAGUGGUUUGAGCACCUUAGGAGAUUAUCAAACGGUGGGAAAUAUGCAACAAUAGAGAGAUAAAGUGCCAAAUAUAGUGCAGUAAUUUCAGUGGAAGUGGAUUAGAAGAAUCAAGAAAUACGCUUAGAGUGCAUAGUGCUAGAAAUAGUUCUACCUUAUCCUCUUGGAGGUUUGUGAUCUUGUAGUCCAGUCUGUAAGUUUAUUUCUCUGAUCCACUUCAAUCGAAAUUGCCGCACUAUAUUUGGCACUUUAUUUUUAAAAAUGUCCACACCCCUGAGCUUUAGAAAUGAUUUAAUAUUUUGAAAAAGAUUUCUAAAAUUUGAUAUAUUGAUAUAUUUUUAUACAUGGUAUUUUUUUUACAGAAAUAUUUUGAGAAAAAUAUAAUCUUAAAGGUUUAUCCAAAAAUAUUGAAUCAAGGCCAUAAUGCAGAUAUUUUGGGGCCAGUGUAAUUAUCAGAUAAUGUUAUUGGACAGAGAUGCAGAUAAUUCAUAAAAGCAGUUUUUUUAAUGUUUUUCUCUAAUGGUCGCUUGCUGGCACCUGCUGUUUACUUGAUGUCCAGGAAGUAAUGAAACAAACAUACAUUAUCCUCUCAGAGAAUUGAGGUCGUGUGAUAUCAUUCUCUAUGUACAUCCCAUAAUUAACACACGCCUUUCAAACCACGUAAAAACACAAAACAGUAAAUUGUACGUUUGCAUAAACCUGUGAAGAGUUUUAUAAUGUUUGGUCUUGCCCCAAUUUAUUUCUUAAUUCACUUUCUGUCAGUAAAACAUCCACUUCUGACCAGAACCAGCACCAUGAUAGUGAGACACAAAGCGUAAAAAAUGUCCGCUUCAUGAGAACACAAUGCCUGUCUGUGCUCAUUUGCAUAUCAAGCUGGGAACUCUGGGAGAAUUGUGAAAACUUUCCACAGGGUCUUGUUUGAGAUGUAGAAAAUGCACAACAGUGAAUUUUAAUGAAGAUAAAUACAUGGAUUAUGUAUUUCCUGAUGUUACAUUGGGCAUUGUUGUCAAUAUCAGUGUUUUCAGUGAGCUCUAUCUUUGCAGCCACGUUCACCUCCUUCUGGUAAAAUAUCACCUCGGGAAUCUUAUCUGCAGUCAGGACUCGAUAGUGACAUCGGAAGUGACAGCGAGAGUAAAUCCGAUUAUCCACAGCAGCAAUCAACGCUUCAGGUAAAAUACCUUCUCACUAUUAGUGGUUUUAUUUGUGGUAUAAUUUGUAUUCACUCCAAGUGUCAAUGCUUGCCUCAUUUUAUAUUUAUUGUUGUUUUUAUUGACUCCAUCCUUUCCCCCAUCCCGAAUCCCCCUUCUCUCUCACUGUCCCUGUCGUGACUCUCCCUUCUCUCUCUCUAUCUCCAAUGCUGACUCCCCCUUCUCUUUCACUGUCCCCCAUCCUAGCUCCUCCUUCUCUCUAUCUGUCCCCAAUGCUGACUCACACUUCUUUCUCACUUUCCCCCACCCUAGAUCCCCAUGCUCUCUCACAGGCUUCCCUCCUGACUCCCCCCCCCCUUAUUUCACUGUCCCCCAUCCUGACUCCCCCUUCUCUCUCACUGCCCCCAUCGUGGCUCCCCUUCUCUCUCACUGUUCCCCAUCCUGAUACCCCCUUUAAUCUUUGUGGUAUAAGUGUUAUUCACUCUUAUUCUAUCCAAGUGUCAAUUCUUACCCCAUAAUGUAUUUCAUGUUGUUUUUCUUGACUCCAUCCUGACACCCCCCUUUUUUAAUCUCAUUGUCCCCCAUCCUGACUCCUCCUACUCUCUCACUGUCACCCACCCCUCGUGAUUCCUGCAUUCUAUUUCUGAACCUCAGAUUGACCUUAAAGUAAAAAGUCAAACAAUCUUAUGAAACCAAAUUAGAAAUAUAAUAGAUUAUACAAUUUUAUAAGAUAACCCAGAUCAUUACUUUGUUGUUUUCCCCACAGCCCGGUUACGUUUCAGAUGACUCUGCCAACAUAAAUGAAAGCAGCAAUCAGUCCAGUGACUGUGACUCAGAUGACGAAAAUGUCUACGAAAAGAUGAACUCUUUGUAAGAAUUAAACAUUUAUUAACAAUAUGUGUGAGGGCAAACAAGACAACGGAAGAAUGUUUAUAAAGAUGUGCUUUUUUAUUACUUUUUGUUUAUCCUUUUUUGUUACAAAUUUUGUAAAAAGGGUAGAAAUUAAGUGGCCCAUUAGGAGAUGUUAUUAUGAUUUUCUAUGGGAUAUGCUACCAUAACUCUUUAAAGACCAUUGUACACGGUGUGGCUGGAGGGUUGCUCGGGGGCGGGACUAGCUCAGAACAUUCCAAGCGACAUAAUGACCAGCUAAUAACCAUUUAUCUAACUUAAAGCUUUAUUUAAAACCAAAACACAUUAAUUAUAGGAGAAUUUAAAUAGUCGAGUUACUGUGCGUUUUAUCGCUGAUUCGUUUGAGAAACUCAGACACACCAGAUAGAGUUCCUAGAAAACUGAGAGACAACAAUAGAAAAGUAUCUGAGGAAGAAAAAUGUUGACUCUUCAUCCGGAAUGACGGAAAAUGUAAAAUGUUUCAUUUUAAUGUUUCAGCUGUGAAACUCAGGAUGAAAGUGAACCAGAAGUGAAAGAAAUGAAAACUACACCUGCAAAUUGUGAAAAACGAAAUGUUUGCAAACUCGAAAGGAUGGACCUUUUAAAAAUGCAUUUGUGAGUAUAUUUAAUUGAGAUAUUUUCUGAAAGUAAUAACAGCUUGUCUGUUAGAAUGUUACCAAGCUUGAUAUUUAACUUUUAAAAAAUUAUUAUUUUAUACAAUAAAACAACUGAUACUCUUUCUUGGUAUUUUAUUCAUCAGUUUUUUAUUGAGACAGUGUGUUUCAAUAAGAAUUAUUGACACAUAUUAAGGUUGCAAGUCAAAUGACAGCCUCAUUUAUAAAACAUGAUUUCUUUAACUUAAACGGUCACUAGUGAGGCAAAAUAUCCAAGUGUUGUCAGUUACUGAAUUGGUGAACUUUGCACCAAAUUUCAAAUUGUGUUUUAUUUUUUAUUUUUAUUUUUAACAUCCCUUGUGUUUUUUAUAUCCCUUUUUUAUAUCUCUUGUAUCACCAAUGCAAUUAAUAUAUGUUCACCAGGUUUGGAGACUGUUUUGCUUUGUUGUCCUUUUGUGACAUUACUUCUAAAAGAAUAGGAUAGUAUGGCUUUCAAUGGUGGUAUGGUUGGGGCCUCCACUUCAGUCCUGUCACGUUAAACUGAUUUCCCAAGUACAGUCAGGACCAUAUGGAUAAGUUUGCAGUGGGGGGUAAUAACCAGUAAUCCAAAAAAUCGGGAAUUGGCUAUGUAUAUUUGGAUACUAUUCACAAAUGCUGCCAACUUUGAGUUUGAGUGUCAACUUUGUAUAAAUAGAAAUAAAUGAUUUGCCUUUUUUAGUUAGUGUGGCAGAAUAGUCUAGGAAUAUCAAAAUGUAUGAGUCCCUGUACAUCAAAGCAGCUGUAAGCUGACCGAAUUUCCUCCUUGUUCUGGAAAUUGAAUCAUCAUUGGACGAGCUCGGUCAUGAUUAGUAUUUAGAGUUCUGGAUCUGUUUUUUUGUGCUCAUUCUAUGUGCAUCACUCAUAUAACAUCCAUGAUGUGCUCGUCCCUGAUGUGCAAGUGGCACAUCAGGCAGUCACUUGAUCUUGAAAUAGAUUCAAGGCCGGGAUGUGGGCCCGUCUCGUGGUGGAACAUGACUGGUGGAGCCUAGUAGCAGGGCUGACUCCGGGGAAGGUCUGUCAAAAUAACAUGUAGAGCCUGUAGAGCCGAUGAGCAUGAGGCUAGUGCAAUGUUUGUGGUUGGUGGCAGGCAAAGCCCAGUAGGCCCUCAAGGUGUGCGCAUUUACAUGAGGCUCCAUGCCAAUCCAGCCGCCUUGUUUGACUCCUCCAGUGGACGUUCACUCUGGUAUUCUAGUUUUUGGGUCAUUGGAGACAGGAAGACUUACUGUGGUACCCUCAGAUGGCUUGGGACUAGGACUAUAUCUCCCAUGAGUUGUGCCAUUCCUGACUUAUGGGAAGGAGAAGCUGUUUUUGGUUGUAAAGUUAUAGUUUAUCAUAAAGUAUGAAUAACUAGAUAUUUUCCUCUAAUUUUGUAGACAUAAAUCCUGUAUUUUUAAUACACAGUUACAUAGUUACUUUGUAAUUUAGGUUGAAGAAAGUCGCAAGUAGGUCAUCAAGUUGACAUUUUCGAACCCAUUCCUUAGUGCUGUAGAUCCAAAUGAAGGCAAAACAAACAAAACCUAUUUAAGUGAUUUCCAAUUUGCCCCAAAACAGGAAAAAAACUAUAUUUUCAUGACUUCGUAAUGAUACAUUUACUAAUGUAAUAUUUCCUUUCAGUGAGCGAAAAGAUAUAGAAACGGUAAAUCUCAGCGUAUCAACCGAACACAUGCGGAAAUAUUUAGCGGUGGAGACAAUCGGAAAAUGUAUAAGGUAGGUACUGCAUGUUGCCCUGAUUCCGAUAUAAAAUAUUGCUGCGUGAGUUUUUGUGAAAUCUUAAAUGUAAAUUGGUGUGCAAGAGUGUACAAUUCAUUAUUAGAACUCAUUCUAUUUUAAAAUCCAUAAUUUGCAGAUGCUUUCUAUAAUAAUAUCAGUCUGUUUUAUAUCAGCUGUAAUUCCAUGAAUAUUUCUAUAAAAACCUUAAAAUAUAAAAUAUAAAAUUAUAGUGCAGAUGUAACAACAAGGGCAUAUAAAAUGAUAAACAAACUACGUGGCCGUACAACUUUCUCAUGAUUUCUCCUGCCAACCUGGCGUCCAGACGGCCUGUCACACGUUCUUAAAUUGAAUGUCAGGGGGGCACUACUGGAAGUAACAAAAGAAAGAUAAAAAUAAAGAUAGAUACGAUUUUCAAUAAUAGAAACAUGUAUUGCACGAAGAUAGUGGCCACUAAAUCAAAACAUUGUAAAACGGUAUCCGUGCGAUCAUUAUAAUAACAAAUCAGAGCAACAAACCGAACUAAAAGUAGCAAGCACUACAAAUAAUAUUCACCGCAGGAAAAUCGGCAGCUACAGGUGGAUGCAGGGUCGGUGCAAGGAUGUUUGGCUACACAGGCUAAAAUACAUUUUCUCUCCACAGCCCCAUUUGUGUAUCUCUUCCCCCAGUACCUUGUCUCUUUCUCCCCCAUACCAUCUAUGUUGCUUUUUCUAUCCCCCACCCCCUUAUAUGUUUCAUUGCCCCCAGCCCCCCAUGUGUGUCACUGACCCCAGCACGUCUUUAUGUGUCUCAUUGACCUUAGCCCGCUCCCAUGUGCCUUAUUACCCCCAGCCCCCUUACACGAGUCACAUUCCCUCAGCUGCCACCAAAUGUCUUCCUCCUGUGUAGCAUGUCUACAAGAGCAGUUUGGUCCUAACAGUGAGCGCUUCCAACAGGAGGGUCAUGCAAAUCCUGCUUCCCCUGGGCCGGUGUGCCCUAAGGCCAGCUCCUAUGCUACUUUAUGGUAGCGCCGGCCCUGGGUGGAUGAGAGCUAGGACGCAAACCUACCUGGACAAUUAUACACCAAUUAUACACCAAUUAUACACAAUUAUACACCAGUGUGGGAAAAAUCACCAAUGUCCUUGGCCUGGCUGAGAAACUGAGCACCUUGUGCCGCAAAUAAUGAGCGCGAGCUGUAAAAAGCCCAGGGAAUCCCUCAUCCCAGUGUAAACAAGUUCAUUAAAAUCCAGCAAUAAGCUGUGAAGAGUGGACCACCUCCUUAAAGCCGAAUAAAGUAUAAUAAUAAAGUACAAGCCACCGGUCUUUGCGCUUCUUCUGAGUGACAGACUAAAUGAAUCACAAGAUAUGCGUCCAGUUAUAGAAACCGGAAUGUAUUUAAAUGCAUUGUAGGACAUAUCUACUAAACAACAUUAUUAAACAUGGUCACUACAUCUAACGUGAAGGAAUAUAUAUACUAUUCAGUGUUCAUAAACGAUUAAUAUAUUAUGAUAAUCGAAAAAUACGUCGUUUUCUCUUUAUUUGGUGUUCAUUAAAUUGUAAUAACUACAUUGUAAAUUAUCCAUUUUCCUUUAGUGUAUCCCAGUGGACGGGCCCCAAAGAAAUUGGGUGUCUGUUUCAUCACGGGGAUGACAUAGACACAAUGAACGAUAUCACAUUGGAGACUUUCGAAUUGUUCUCCCAAAUGUUGAACAACUGUACAGGGAAAGAGGUAAGUGCUAAAUAAGGAACGGCAACGUUUUUAUCUAUUUACAUUAUAUAUAUUACACACUCACACAAGGCCAAUAGAAGGACGUUCAGAAGCUGCUGUGUGUUAGCACAGGUCACUGGGUAUGUCAAUGUGACGCUAUUAUCUUAUAAUCACUGUAUAUCUAUUUAUAUUAGUAAGCUUUGAAAUAUAGGAGGUCACCGGGAAUCCAAACUUAACAUUUAAGUUUUAUGAUUGUUUUAGUGUUGUGCACGAUGAGCUAGGGUGGUCUACAUUUUCUGAAAAUUUAGAAUUUUCAGGAUGGCACCAUUUUGGCCAAGUGUCUGACCGAGAUUCCCAAACCGAAUCAGUGGAGCAAAAAAGGGAACAAAAAUAGGCCAAACAGGGUACUUGCAAAAUAUAUCCAUAAUACAAAAAUAGAAAUAUUCUGUAUAUAUUUUACAGUACAUUAAUAGUAACAUUUACACGUGAUUAGGUUCAUAGAUAAAGUUAGAAAGUAACCAAAAGAGGGCAAAAGAGGAGGAGUUUUUGCUUCUCCUUAUUUUCCUUGAUUGGUUACUUUUUAACUUGGUCUGUGAAUAAAGUGAAUAUUUAGUGAUUGCCCCCAUCAAUCGGCUCAUUUUUGGCAACCUGGCCAGAAUCAGAACUCUGAACCAAACAUGUUCAGCAUUGUGAGGUUCUGUUAAUCCAUGAUUCGGGUACAUUUCAGCUUAGAUUUCAAGAAUUUGACCGAUCACCCAAACGCCUGAAAUUUGGCCAAACUGCAACAACCAGAUCUCCAAGUCUAAUUAUUAUUACAACAUCAUUCACACAACUUUCAUACUUUACAUUAUUGACACAAAUGUUAUGUGAAACUUCAUCCAAAAUUCUGGGUGUCGAUUUGUCCCAACACAAUCAUACUAGACUAACAUUUCAAAGUUAAUUGUCGACCCACCAUGGCUUGCUGUUAACAACAGACCACUAAUGUAAAAAUUUUUGAAAACUAAAAACUUGUAUGGAAAUAUAUUGAAUAAUUAAAAAAUAUCUAUAAAAUAUUCAAUGAAUUGUUCAAUAGUCAUAUGCUUUUAUUUAAUAUUGUUGGAUAAACUUUUCAAAUAUUUAAUUAUUUUGGAUGCAUUUUUUAAAUGCUUUCGUUCAAAAUGUAUAUAUCUAUCUCAUACAUAAAAAUGAUACCAAAUAUCAAUAGAUAUAUCCAGAUAUUAAAAUAUUUUUCAGAAUAUCAAAUAAUUUUUAAAGUUUAUCCAAAAAUAUUAAAUCAAGUUAAGAGAACUCUAACACCAAAAAUAUUUGAAGGUGAAAAGACAUCUCUAAUUUUCAAAGUUUUUAUCUGUUGGCACGAAAUGAAUCUCCAAGUGUUAUAAUUUUUUUUAGAAUUAAAAGUAUUUAUUACCCUAAUACUUUAAUACAACAUUAUAUCAUACGCACAACCUUCAUACUUUGUAUUAUUGACACACGUUUUGUGCGAAACGAGUUAGGUUGGAGAUUCACAAUUAUACUAGACUAACAUUUCAAUGUCUUGCUGUUAAGAACUCUAAGGUUACAUUUUAUGGCAAGUAAAAGAUUUUACAUGGAAUAUUCAUGAAUUUUUCAAUAAGUUUCAUAUCAAACAACAACAAAAAUAUUUGAAGGUAAUAAGACAUAUUGAACUUUCAAUUUAUUGAAAUUUUUUAUCCAUUUAACUUUUGAGUUUGAAAAGUAAAGUUUGUUUUUUAAAGUUUGUACAUUUCCUUCUUGAUAGGUGACGCUGACAGUCAUUCGUGGUAAAGAAGCCGGUGUCUUUCACGCAGAAGGGUGUGACUGCAACAAUUGA